UUUAGAUAGUAGUAUCCGUUUGCCAUCUGCUAUUGAAUUCACAUCUGACUCUUCCUGUCACAUCAGUUUGUUUAAAGUUUCAAGAAGUUAGUUCCUGUCAUUAGCAUGUUUGAUAGGGUGGAGAACGUGGAUACUAGUGUAUUUUAGGAUUUCACAGACUGUUCUGUGACCUUGAAGUCGCUGUCUUAAAAUUUAGCUCUUAGUUCACUGUGGAAAGAUGUUCCUAUGAGUUACCCCAAAGACUGGUUUUCCCUGGGUUUGGAUUCUGAGCCACUAGUCCUUGGGAUGACUUUAAGCUAAAGCAGGGCUGUCUGCCAGAGGCCACCUUUUGUGCAUCCUCUUCCCUCAUCAAAGUGCAGGCUUGAAAGAGUUUAAUUGGUGGGGACCAGAAGCAGUUGCCCUGGCCAUGGUAGUCUGUGCAUUGCACAGUUCAUGUUUGCAUUUCAGCAUGUGCACUGUUGUUUAGAUCAAGGGAAAUAUUAAGCUAUUUAAAAACAAACAAAACUAAGUCACUUAGCCUGCCUUCUGUUUGGACUUUGGAUGAAAGUUACUAAACUAAGUGACAAAGUUGGCCGUAAAGGAAGUCUAUAGAGACGGAGCACAUUGCUUAUUGUAUUAUUGUGUAUUAUGCAAGUGUUUGAGUGCAAUGCUAAUGUGACUUCCUUUCCAGAGCAAGGCUACCAAUUCUUAAGGAAAUUGUUAUGUCUGAGCCAUUUUGUACUGUUCUAGAUGCUAUGGUUAUGAACCUUUUCCCUCACAUUUUUGAAAUGGAUGUGAUGUGUUCUGUAUAAAACAUUCAGGAUGUAAAUGCUGACAGUGUAUGUAGAAUCAGGCUGUUUGCCAGUUCUUUAACUGGUCCUUGGUGGAGAAUUGCUUUAAGACAAAGUGCAUUUUACUAUCGUUAAUGUGAUAGUAACUCUAAGGGUAACUGCCUUAUGAAAUGCUUCGUGACUAUAUGUGUUCUCUAAGUGCUGUAAAGAAAACUCCAGUCGCAUUUCCAUGCCUUUCCAGAAGAGUGGCCCGGCUCCCUCCACAGGCACCUUGCAAUGGAAUUGUGUUGCAGAGUAAAAACGUUUGUGUGGGGCAUAGUAAUCCCCCUCCCCUAGAGAUUUGCUGGGACUUGAAAUGUGACCACCUGUGAGCCACACUUAACCUUGAAGCCAUACCGAUUUUCAAUUUAUAGAUAAAAUUUCUCAUUUAAUUUAAAAAAUAAUGUCAGUUUGGCUAGUCUUAAAAGUAGUUCAAUAUGUAUAAGUAUGGCACCAAUGGUAUGCUUGUGCAGCUAUUGAGUCAAUUACAAAAAUGCAGGCAAUAAACCACGUUAUUAUCAUCUAGUAUAAGCAUAUUAAUUAUUGAAUUUAAAAGUAGCCCUAAAGCAAGUGCAUGGCAGGUAAAAUGAGUUGUCCUUAAGUCCCAUCACAAGUGGGAAAAAAAUUCCUGAAAUCAAUGAGGUUUUGUACUAUUUAAAGGAUAAUACAUUUAAUCCUGUAUCGGAUUCUGAUCUUUACUCUAAAAGUAUUCAUUGAUGCAUACUUAACAUAUAAUUAAAAAAAAAAUUGGUACCCAAGUUAAAGGGCCAGUAGUUGGCAGUUAUCUUUACUUCAAAUUGUGCUGAACUUUAUUUUUUAAAAAAUGCUUUUCUUAUUACUAUGAUUCACAGUUUGAGAAUGUGUUAUGCAGUUCUCACACUCCUUAUUAGAAGCAGUGUUUUAACUUCAUUCAUUCACUACGCUAUUUACAUCUUAGUUGGUGUGCAUGUGAAUACAUUGAAGGGUAAUAUUAAGGUGUGCUAUUAAUUUAAUAUAAAUGUUUUUGGUAUUGGUGGAAAUAACAAAUGACCAUGUCAUAAUAAGCAACUUUCCACCCUUUCAAAGUUAGUCAUAUUUUUAAAGUAUGUAAUCGUGAACAUUAACUUUCCCAAGCAGAGAUACUAAUUAACCACAGCAAACUUCAGUAACCAAGAGUUGUUAUAAUGUUCUUUAUUUUUUGCUUUAUAAACAAGUUAAUUUUGUAGAACUCUACUCAUUCUAAUAAAAAAUAACUAUCUGAUGAUUCCUGAAAAUUGAAUCCUAAAAAAAAAAACAAUAUACUCUAUAGUUUUCAAAUAUUUUUUAGUUUUUCUCUGGCCUUCACCUUGCUCAGUGACUAAGUUGAACGGCAUAUAAUUAUGUCUUUCUAAUAAAUUAUUCAUUGUAUUUAGAUUUCUUUAAUAGAGAACUAUGCUGAAUAACACUUUGGCAAAUGUAAGCAUUAUCUUUUAAAACUUUCUUCUAAUUAGUGUAGUAUAUUUUGUGGGUUUUAUUUUCCAACUCUUGGUGCAAUAUAUUUUUUGAGUCUAUGAAAUCUCAGAAAGGGACAAAAAAUGGGGAAAUGUCUAUACAGUAAUAAUUGUAUUAUAUAACAAAAAAUAGUUAUUAAACAGAGAGCCAAGGUUUUCAGAACAUGAUUCCAAGCAACAUGGAGAAAUUUAGUGUGUAGUUAAAGAUCAGAACCUCACAGCAUGGACUGAAGAAGGAUUGCUGAUUAAUUUUUAACUUUUUAAAAUGACAGCUUUUAGAAUAAUGCCUCCCAAAUGAAUAUCUAAACUGAAAAAGCAUGCAUAUUCCUUUUACACAUAUAUAGUGAUGGUUUGGACCAAAUGAAAGGCUUUAUCGACGAUGCUUAGUGAGUGUAACAUAUGAAGAAGAGCUGACUGGGAUUUCAUGCUCAGCACUGUGCCUUAAUUCACAGACUCAUGGUUGUUCCUGCAUUCAGUAGAGCUUGACUGGGAUUUGUCACCUUUAAGAAAUCAAACCAGAUUACAGAGGCAAGUCACAAAACCAACGCAACAGCGCUCUACACCUUACAAAAGGCAGAUUACACAGUUCACAUGUUAUUCUGAUAGAGCAAAGAUAAAGGCUGAUUGCUAAGGAACGGCAAGACACUCUGAUUCGAAAUGAUUGCUAGAUAACUAUGCCACGACCCUGUUGCUUCGUCAUUAUAAAGAGCCACUUAAACAGCAGAAAACUCAGUUUUCAAAUAAUAGGCGCUCAGUAGUGUUUUUUCAUUGCUUAAAUUUGAAGUUCCAUCAACUCUCUUUGAGCAGAUAUCAAUUUGUCAAUUUGUGUGAAGUGGUUACCAUAAAGCUUAAAGGAAUUAGGCAUUUUCAGAAGUGUUGUGUAGAAUGCAGAGUAGAUUUGCCAAAAUUAAUAUAUCUUUAUGGUAUUGAAAAAUUAAGCAGAAAAUACAUAAUUGACAAUAUCCUGUAUGUUGUUCUGUUACCAGGUGUAUUCUUCAAGAUGAGUAGUUACAUAGUUAUGAUUCAAUGCAUUCAAAACAUAUCAUGAUAGGUGUUAUUGGUAAAUGAGACAUAUAUAUAUAUAUAUACAUAUACAUUAAUGUUUAUUUUAUGAAUGUUACUUAAACAUCAUUUUUAUGAAAAUAUAAUACGUGGAGACUUUGUUAGAGAAUAGUUUUGUUUUACCUGUAGCAUUUUUAAAACUCAAACUUUCUAAACACCCAACACCACAGUAAUUUCUUGCUUCUUUUAAAAUUGAAGUCCUUUUUUACCCUACUGAUGCCUCCUAGUGUCUCCCACAAUAAAGCUCUAAUGAGUCAUCCAUAACUGUAAACAUUGCACUUUCACUGCCUGCAUCUUCUGUGAUACAUAAAAUUCAUAUUUAUGUGUUUAAUUUUCUGUGCGUUACUAUAAUAAGAUAGAAUACUUUAGUGAAUGAGAUGUUUCAUCUGUGGAUUUAUGGUAUGAAGGUUUACUUCGACCUUAACAAUAUUCUGCUAAGUGUAAUAAGUUUAUACCUUCGGUUGAAAUUCAUAUCAUCCUUCCUUAUAGUCACUAUUAUUGCAAAUGAAAAAUAGCAGAUCUUCCAUUUUGUAGACCUGGAAAUUAGAUAGAGUUCAUCAUUGAAUGGCCGAUGAGAAAUGGUUAAAAGAGCUUAUUGUUUCAUUUAAGAAGACCCCCUCAAGAGUUAACAACUUUUGUUAACUGCAUGUCUUCACACAUGCAAAUCUCUAUGUGAAUAUUGCAUUUCAAAGGUUAAAAAAAUAAAAGGAAGGGAAAGAUAAGUGUUACUUAUAAAAUAGCAAAAGAAAAACUUGGUUAGGGGGAAAAUGUCUCUAUGUAGUGGAAAGAGGUUUACUAGAACAUAACUUCUCAGGACCCACAGGGCACUCUCAUGUGGUAGACACUAGUGGACAUCAAUUUUACUGCAAGGUUUAUGUCCUUAGUCUCAUAGCAGUGAGUGACAUGCUUGCAUAUCUGUGACUUCUUGCAACUCUGAUUCUACCUAAGACAAUUGCCAUUUGAUUUUAUAAUUUUUUUCUUUAGUAUAGUUAUGAAAGGGGACAUUCUCCUAAUAGUUCCAAAUUCAAGUGCAAAAGAUUUUAACAUCUCUGGGCCUCCUGGGUUGUCUCAGUGCAUAUCGCAUUCUUGACUUUCACUAAUACAGUGUUCUGAGGAUCCAAGUGCAUAUGUUAGACCUGAGCUUAAUUAGUUGUUACACUUACAUGUGGGGGGGAGGCAAAAGAGGGUAGAAGGAGGGAGGGAGAGACAGAGACAGAGAGAGAGACAGAGAGAAGCAGAGAGACAGAGACAGAGGAAGAGACACAAAGAGAGAGACAGAGGGAGACAGACAGAGAGAGACACAACGGGAGAGACACGUGGUAGGGUGUGAAAUAGCCACCCCUGAUUAAAAAGUACACAGAAUAUUAGCAAAAUUUGCCUAUUGAUUAUUUUGUCCUAAGUUAUUCCGUGAUACAGUGCCAUUACAAUUCUCGUCUUGUUGGACAAAUUUCAAAGAAUGUAAGGGGUGUGUUUCUUUCGUUUAAGGAAGCAAACAUCUAGGAAGGGGUGGGCCUUUCCCACAGGAGCCGCAUUUCUUCCCCUGGAGAGCUGAAGCAAAUCUGUAGUAUGUGAGAGACUGGCCCAUAAGAAACAGAAUGAUUUGUAGUGAUCUGUUCUAGUUAGUGAGCAAAGCAAACCAGAAAGAGUUUUUCCUCUGAAAAACAGCUCCUGUCUGCCGCUUAAUACUCAGUGCUGAAAACGGACCAUAAAACAAAACAGAGCAAAGAAACAAAGAAAUCACAUUUAUAGUGUUUGUGCUCACAACUAUAUAGUACAUUGAGAUAAUUUUGACAACUUCACAUUGUGUAUAGCAUUAAGAUGUAGAAAUCAAACGUGUUAUACACAUACAUUUUCCAACCCCAUUGUGAGGCUAUGGAGGUAGCAUAUGACAAAGAAUGCUACAGUAAAAUAUAAGAAUACCGAAAGGACAAUCUGACAUGAUGUUAUUUCGUACUUUCUUGCUCUCACUGCACAAAGAAAAGGCAUAUUCAUGCUAAGAAAGGAGUUUCUAUUACCUGUUAUAUAAACCCAUGGUCUAGCCUCAUUGGCAAAACAAGUGACAUUUGCUUUCACUACAAUGUAUCUGCUAUACAUUUCUAUCCAAUCUCUGUUACUUGUUUUAUUUGAAAGUAUAGCUGGUAUAAACAAAAUUCAGAGUGCACAUAAAAAUAAUUUUCUGAGGGCAUUAUAUAGGAAAUCAGUGUCAUGACAAGAAAUAAAGGCAGUAAACUUAUUACAAAGAAAAUCUGUAGAAAUCAGUACUAUUUAAGAAGGGACACCUUUGAAAGACUUUAUUCAUUCUUAAUGCAAAAAAUUUGAAAUGAAUGGAGUAAUGGUGUUCAGCCUGCUUAUUGAAUGGCCGUGCAAGACUUCAAGCAAUGGUUUAAAUAAAGUCCCUUCAACUUGUGUGAGUGACUGGAGGAAGCGGGCUUUGAAGCAGUCCCUAGUGGGAACCUGAUUUUUUUUCAACUUAUCCUGAGAGUCUCUUGGUUUUCUUCCUGCAACUUGUAAUAGAUAAGAUAAAUAUGAAGAUGCGUACAUACGUUGUUUAUAGAUGCUGUGAAUUUCUAGCCUGUUGAAUUUUAAAAGUGUUAGAUAUGGUUCUUUGUUAGAGGAUGUAAACUGCUUAAAAGAAAAACAACCAAAACCAGCAUAUUUUUUAAUAUAUCUGUAAUCUUUUCAGCAAGCUAUAAUGAUAGCAAAAGAACACAACCAUUCCCCAAACCCCAAAUAUUGGCAUAUUUGGCUUAAAUUUGCUCAGUUUUUAUGAAAUUAGACAGCAGAUUUGUCAAUAUAAAUAUAAGGAAAUUUGCCUAGUAGGGUAAUAAAGUUGACUUUCAGUUCUUAGAUCAUAAUUAAUUGUUGACCCUGCAUAAGGUGUAUAACAAGCCAUUCUGGAAAGCUGAUGUUUUUAAUGGAACUUGAAGGCUUGGGAUCUCUUUAUAGUCAUUUUGAAGAUGUGGUUAUUUAGCUGAAAUAUUCACUGGACAUUUUAUUUUUAUAAAUCAUGGUCACACAAGGAAGGCUUUAUAGGACAGACUACCUAAUUGCAGUCAAGGAUCUCUUUAGUGAAUGAACACACACAGAAGAACACAUAUUUUAAGAAUAUAAUGGUCUUGUAUUUUUUUCAAAUUACCACACUUUUUAUAUCAGAACAAAACAUAUGUGUCAAGGCAGAUGUUUUAAGUUAUACCUUUCAUGUAGGUGAGUCUGUAAAUAUACAAUUCGACUUAAAUGGCUUUGUGGGAAGGUAGUUUGGGGAAUUUAAAAAGGAAGCUCUCAGUUACUGUGGUUUCAACUCUUUCUUACAAAAAAAAAAAAAGAAGAAGAAGAAGAAGAAGAUGGUAGUUACACUCAGGAUAAAGAAAGAGAAAUAAACUCUUUUAAUUCUUUUUAACAUGCCCAUAGUUCCUGCGGUAGAGCUUAUUUUUAUUCUUGUGUGUAUGCAGGGCAGGUACUGGCAGCGGGCUACAAAAUGAAAACUUGCUGGCUGCCAACCAGACACAGUGCAGAGCAUCACAUCAUAAACUUCCCUCCCCUUCUCUGAGUGAUUUCAGCCCUAAGCAAUGUCCUUCGCCUUCAGCGUAGGCUGAGCAGCAGAGGGCCUCCUUCCUGAGCAGGCUUUGGGAAAGGAAAGGCUCAGUGUUUCCCUUCUUCAACUUGAAAGUCUGCCUCUUAAAUCUCUAAGGCACGAACUGCAAACUGGAUUCACUAUGUUCCCUUUUUCUUCCUAUAUAGUGGUUUAAAAUGAAUCAAACAAUAGGUGUGAGUUAUUAAACGGGACUCACUACCUCCCCACCCCCUACCUACAGAGUACAUGAAGGCCUGAUCAGAUAUCUGUGGCGCUUUUUGUUGUCGCACAAAGAAAAAAUAUAAUGGUUUCUUUUCACUGAAACUUUUGCAUUAUAUUGCAGAUAGGCCAGACCAUUUUGUGAUGCAAAUUAACAUCAAAGGUGUUUUUUUUUUCCUGCCUAUCACAGGAAGUAGAUGCUCCAUCACAAUAUAUGGUUCUACCGUGAUUUUUUUUAUUGAUAAUCAUUCACAUUUUUAAUAAUUAUUAGGUCAAAUUACAGAGUAAUUUGAGAGAAAACAUGAGAGUGACUUGAUUAUUACUUCGUUAAGUAAGCUGAUUUCUAAACAUCUGCAUUUUUGUCCUUGCACGUGGAACUGUGGUCUGAAAGGUCUACUUCUCUUUGGCAUGUAAAGUAACAAAUGUUUAAAAGUAGCUUGUAAUUGCUAGUUACACUUUGAACCUUUACCAAUGGGCUUUUUAAUUUUAAAUCGUAUUAAAAAUAAUUUCUGGCUGCCAGGGCAGUGGGCACUUAUUUGUGAGAGGUGGGGUCUGAUUAUUGCCAGCACACCUUUCUAAAACUAGCCUUCACCUUUGGAAAUAUAUUAAAUGGGACCUUCAGGAAACAGUGUUUCUACAUAAUAAAUAUUUGUUCCACCUUUAUUUUUAAACUAAAUUAUUGCUUUCACAAUGUCCUUAUAGAAUGUAAGUCUUAGUAACAAACUAAACCAAUUAUUAAUCACCUAAAUACCAUUUACUAAACACCCCCAAAAGUAAAUAUAACUUUAUGUUCCUUUAAAAUCGAUAAAAUGGAUUAUUUUUAAUUUUAUUUAAAUGUCAAGGGCAACUAUCUAUCUGUCAAUACCAGUACAUACAUUUUUAUAACAAAAAUAUUAAAGCAGUAAUAUAACAUAUCUCUUUAGAAAAUGUAAAAGGAAUGUCAUGAGAAUGUCUGUGGGCCAGAGCCAUCUAGCAAGAGAGAAAAAAUAUUGAACUUUGAUGUAUAUGUUGUAAAUAUAGACAGGAGAAUAAUUUAGACAUUCCAUUAAAUAUUAUGUGAACCUUUGAUUUUUGCUUUAAUUUUAAAACUUAGAAUGAGAUUUGUUUUCUUGGAAUAGUGCAAAAUGAUAAGAGUCUAAAUCACACCUCCAAUAAACAUUGUUCCACCCACUGUCAAGUUUCAAGUGUGGGAAUUUUAAAUAGAAAAUACACUAUCUUGAUAUUUAAAUAUUAUACAAACUAUUCUUCAGUUUAAAGCCUGAAUCUCUUGGAGUUGCACCUAAUAGGUAGUUUGCCCCAUCAAGCAUUUUAGACAUUUUAAACUUUAUUAACUAACAACUUCGUCAAGGUGUCUGACUUCCAUCUGAGAGACGACUUAGGAAAGGUUUCUGUGCUCAAGGAUGUAGCCCUUUUCUCCCUGCUUUGUUAACUGUUAAUAAGUCAAAAUAUGUAAAAACCAGUACUAAUUCCAUCUGAAUUACUUUUCCUAAGUGAAAGCAGCAAAAUUAGCAGUUUAAAAAAGCGAGUGUGCAUGACUUCAAUUAUAGGAUUUAUUGAAAGCUACUUAAAGUUGGUAUAGUUUAGUGGUUAAAGAAAUAUUGUUGCCUACAUUUUCCUUGCACAUUUGCACUUUUCUCUCUUUACACAAACUAAAAGCAAUCUCCACAGUGACUUGAAUAGAGUUCCAAUGGCUCGCUUGAGUUUCUCAGUCCCCAGCACUAACUUCUUAUGGCUUAUUGGUCCAGACUGGCAAUGCUGCUCAAUCUGUAUGGAAGGAAUGUGAGAGAGAGAGACCACUAUGUGAGCUGUCUCCCUCUCUUCUUUCAUUUAAUAACUCAAAUGAAACAGUCUUAAGGAUUCUUGACUUCAUCUUUCUCCCUUUUAAAUAUAUUUAUAUUGGACUUCCACCUGACCUUUCUUCUUAUAGAUAGGUAGAUAGAUAGAUAGAUAGAUAGAUAGAUAGAUAGAUAGAUAGAUAGACAGAUACAAAUUGAUUGAUGUAUUGAUGCAUAUACAUAUAGAUGAUUUGAUAUUGUAAAAGCAUGCACUUCUAAUUUUCUUUGUCUACACUUGGGUGACUGUAGAAUUGUUUUGUGUUAUUUGCUUACACUUGAGAGAUCUGUGUGGUUCAACAUGGGAUACUAUCAUGUCACAAAAGAGCUCCUAGCAUUGAUCUUGAAAGUGUAAGGACUACAGAUUGUGUCUUUGUAAGGAGCUGCUGUGACUUUUAAGUCAGUGGAUAGAUAGCACAGCCACAUCAACAAGAACAGCCUCGUGAGCUCUCGGAAGAUGAUACAUUUAUGCAAUAACCUAAACAAUAUUACGGAUUCUGUCUGACUCUAUGAAGUGUGCACAUGCAUGUGUGAAUGAAUGUGUGUGUGUGUGUGUGUGUGUGUGUGUGUGUGUGUGUGUGUGUGUGUGUUUACACAUGAGCAUACAUGUGUUUAUGGAGUGGUGAGUGGAGAUGAAAAUAGCAGAAUACAUGAGAGACACAAAGCAUGAGAGGGUGAGAAUGAAAUCUGAAAGAAUUAGAAAAUCAUUUCAGCGAACACAAAGAGUAUAAAGAACCUAUUGCCACAUUCAUUUGCUGUGUCUUGAUCGUCCAUGCUUAUGUUAUUAUAUAUAUUGUAAACCUAUAAAAUGUGGAGCAUGAUCAUGGGGGGAAACAGGUCCAACUGAGUUCAAAAUCUAACCGUCAGUUUAUUGACCUGUGGUCGAAGACAGGUUAUUUAACCUCCAGAAAACCUCAGACCAGCAUCUGUAAAAUAGGUUGUGAUACUAGCCACCUCUUCAAGUUUUUCUGAAGGUUAAGUAUAAAGAAAAGCAUUAUGCCGGCAUCUAAUGAAUGCCUAGUAAUUAUUAAAUUGCUGUAAUUCCACUCAAUUUUAACAAUUUUAUUUCUGACUAAUGAUGAUCACUUAGUAAUACUUGGAUAAAUAAUUUUUCUUUAAUAUAUUUAGACCAUUACAAUUGGGUCACUAUCAGGUCAAAUCUCAUGUCAUGAUGCUGUUAGGUCAAUUUUAAUGAUUACUAAAUACUGUGUAUCUUUCUCUAAGCAAAGCAAAACCUUUAUAGAUCAGAUGUUACUUUCAAAAUUAGAAAUAGGACUACAGAAAUAAGAAUAAUUUCAUCCUUGACUUUUAAAAGUAAUUUACUGUAAGUUUUGACUUUAGGUGGAUUACUGUUUAACAAUAAUAGUUUCAUUGGGGUUUCAGCUCAGGAAAAGAGACAGAUGCACAGAAUUGGAAGCCCUUUGUGACAACAGGCUCUAAGAAUUUUUGAAAUCUUUCAUUUGUUUAAAUUUGAACUGCCCUUUGAGGGGUCUAUUAGUUCAUCUUGUUCAUUUUUUAUUUCACAAUUUGUUUGUAUGUGGUGAUAGAAUUACCUGUGAAGAAUGAGUGAUAUUGUAGACAUCUUAUGUUGGUGCGCAAGCAUGCUUACCUAUAACAACCAUUGUAUGGAACCUGCUGAGUAAGAGCUUGAGAUGUAUAAUCAUAAAGAUAAAAUGUACUUUCCUUUGAAGAGUUAAUAAAAUAAGUAAAUACAUUUUUACUGCCCUUAGUUGUGUGAGUAAUUAUUAACUCUGACUAUAGUUUACCUACCUUGGGCAGUGAACAAAUAGACUCAAUUUAGGUAUUUUCAUUCAUAUGAGAAGAAUAAAGCAUAGAAAAAUGCAGAAUUUUGCUCAUGACUUUAGCAUUUGACCUAUAUAAGACACAUUCAGAAAAAAAUUUGAUAAUACUUGGACUGUUUCUGGUACAAGAAACUAGUUUCCUUCUUUUGGUUGUUUUUGUAUUCACUUAAUUUCUCAAAAAAAAAUCAUAUUUUGAUAGUAGGUAAUGUUGACAAAGCUUUCCAGGGUAUACAACCUGGGGAGUUAUGUCUGCUUGAAAUAGUUCCCCUGCUUUUGAAUAAUGAGCCUCUGGUGUGCACCUUGCAUUUCAGCUUUCUUUUCUAACCUUGUUUUAAUGCCUGGAUAAAAGAGUGCUCAGCGCAAGGAAUACUUGCCGAGUGGACUUCCCUGUGGUAAAACAGCAUGGACAGCUCCCAACACUGCAAUCAAGGACGCUUCUAAAAGCUUUAAUUUAAAAAUAAUAAUAAUAAUAAUAAGUCUGCAUGAAGAUGAUGGAGCCCUCUAAGGCAUAUGGGCUUAGAGAAUUAUUCCCAUCUGCAACCCCCUCCCCCUGCUUAGUAGCCCUUUCCAGGGUUAUGAUUACUGGAAAAUGGCUGUUAAUCACCAGGAUUUUUUUUUGACUGCAGCUGCUUCAGUCAGACUCCUAAUCUAUUAAACAACUUUGUCUCCAGUUUAAAAUUUGCAUUGUAUACUGUAUAGAAUAAAUGUUCAUUGUAAUCAGAGCAUCCAAGAGAACUUCCAUAUAUGAUUUAUAGCAACACAUUUGUUUGUAUGUAUAGACCUCCAUUCUGCUAUUGAGCCAACUGUUUGAACAAUACUGUGGGUGAUCAACAUAAAAUGAAAUAUUACAGCAUUAUUGAACACAAGCGCCACUUACAAUAGUCACAUUAACAGAGUUUGAAUUGACGCAUCCUUGGCACUUGGCAGAAUAAUACACAAUUUGAAAACUUAACUCAGAUAGUUAAAUUUUCACUUGAACCUGAAAGAAUUUUUUUUGAAGUUUAGUGAGCUUGUACGAAACCACUCGGUGUCUUUGUCAACACUUGUGCUUAUUACAUUUGAGAUAAUUUUAAUAAAUAUUCCACUGCCAGAGUCAACAUUCAGUGCUAAGAGAGGACACAACAGCGCUGACUUACAAAGGACUCUUUUAAAAUGCAUUCUUACAUGUAAAAUUGACAGGCUACAAGAAGUGGUUGGACGAUGUUCAUCAUGCUGGAAAGAAUGUUUCAAUUAAAGUUGAGCAGUUUCUCUUCCAGCUCUUUUUUUUCUCCAUUUUUUAUUUGCUGUGCCAAGGUAUCCAUGUGCGUUUUUCCACUGUCAUCUGGCUCGUUCCCAGCAGAUGCACACAAUCUGUUCCGCUGUCACUAACAGGGUUUGGUUUAUGAAAAGAAUGUGUCAGAACAUGCCAGUGCAGUCACUUUUGCAGGUUUUAAAGAGUAACUGAGAAUAUAUGCAUUGCCCUACUUUCUUCGUCCCCAUCCCUAAGAUUUCCAAGAAACUUUUAUACUAGACUAAAAGCUUGCUUUCAGAUAUUCUUGACCAAAUAUUUACUUUUUAUUAAAAAUAAAAUAUCAGAAGUUCAAAACUGUCUUUAGUGGUUAAAUUUAAGAGCAGAUUUUUAUGAGAGUGUUUCAAAUAAACCCAAGAUGGUUUUGAUAAAAUUAUCAAAUUUCCAAUUAUGAUUAUUUCCUGCAAAAUUAAAUACAAACUUACUAUCAAGCUAGACUUGAGCCUACUAUUCCACUAAGUCAUAGCUUUGUUUAAAUUGUUCUCUGAUAUAAUAAUAAAGAGAUGGUCAUAAAUAGCAACUGUUUAGUCUAAUAGACACCAUUGUUAUGUUAAUCCCAAAGUAGUUAAACUAUCAAAUACAAUCCCAUGCUUUAUAGAGACAAUCACCUUUCAAAGAACAUUGGGAUAUUCUGUUUUCCAUAUAUUCACAUUUUAAAUUCAACAAGUAAUUUUUUCUGAGUGAAAUUCUUGUUCAAUAAUGUUUCUUUAUUCUCAUUAAAUAUCAAUACAAAUUUUAGGUUUAUGUUAUCUUCAUUGGAAAUAAUAUUUUUGCCUUCAUAUGAAUUCUUAAUGGACAGUGAAUACAUCCCUAAGUUAAUAAACUUAAUUAUAUAACAGUACUUUAAGUUUUAUGUAUAAUACUGCAUGCAUAUUCAUAUGCAAAUAGUUACUGGACAAUAUUUGUAUUUUGAUGAGAUUUUAGUGGUAUUAAAUAUCUUUCAGAAUUAAAGUAUCACACAUUGCUUGAAUGCUAAUUUUAAGUUAUUGAAACAAUUUUCUGACUUGGGUAGCAACUUAAAUCUCAGGGAACUCAAACUUUCUUAGUGAAAGUUUAAAUCAGAUGACCUAAAAAUAUAGAUUCAAAACUUACAAAGAAAUGAUAAUAUAAAUGAUUUUUGAUAAAAUACAUAUUUAGAAAAGCUAGCUUUGGAUUUCUCCGACAGAAAACUUUAUGAAGUACACUUCAAGUGUCAGAAGUACUUAUAUUAAAAAGUUGAUACCAUUCCAUAGAAAACUCUUGCAGGCCGGGCGUGGUGGUGCAUGCCUUUAAUCCCAGCACUCGGGAGGCAGAGGCAGGCGGAUUUCUGAGUUCGAGGCCAACCUGGUCUACAGAGUGAGUUCCAGGACAGCCAGGGCUACACAGAGAAACCCUGUCUCGAAAAACCAAAAACUAAAAAAUAAAAAAAAAAAAACCCUUGCAGUAUAAAUUAUGUUUUAAAACAGUUCUGAACAUAUUAAGAAGAAAAUAUCUUACAGUUGGAACUCAUUGGCACUGCUAUUACAGCAUACAAAUUAAUUGCUAAAUUAUCUCUAUAGAAUUAAACCAGACAACUGUUACGUUUUCUUAAUUCUUAAAGUAAAAGGAAUCCUACAAUUCUAUACUUAAAUGUUGAUUUAUGCAUGCCUAUCAUAAAUGGAUUUUAUAAUGUUUUUGAUGAGCAUAGCACACAUAUUUAAGCUGAGUCAUAAAACCUGGGCAAAGUAACACAUGUAUGCUAUUCAGAGGUGAGGAAAAAGGAUCAAGUUCAAGGUCAGUGUGGGCUACAUAGCAAGCCGACUGAUGAGAGGAGAGGGAAGGCGAUGGGGGGGGGGGGUGAAAGGGGAGGGAAGAGGAGAAUAAAGAACAAUUAAUUCUAGGUUUUAUUCUUUUUAUUUCCAACAUUUUAAUUUAUUCAUAAUUUUAUAUGUCAUAUGAUCUCACAUCCUAAUUUGUGGGUACCUGUAUUUCUUGGGGUAUGGUGGCUUUGAUAUGUGCAUUGGCACAAAGAGCUGAGAAUCAUGGAUGAACUAAUAAGAGGCAUUUGGCUGAGUCCUGUGGAAUGCCCUGCCCCUUUCCUUUCUCUUUUCCUGCUGAAAGUCAGGUGGAGAACUGUUGUCAGUUUGGGGACCAAAUGAGACUAACCACUGCUGGUGUUAAGGAGGGGGACAUGUGAACACAGGGUAAUUACAGUCUUUAAUCUUGUAUGAAAAACAAGAUUUCAAGACAAAACUCCAUGUGUGAAUUUGGGCAUCCUGAAUUGUUAAUCCUAAAAUCUUCUAUAUAUCACUUACAGCAUAGAAACAAUCUUAAAUGUCAUUAGGAAGAAAGAGUUUCCUCCUUUUAGCUUGAUUCACAUAAGUUGAAUAUCCACAAAUAGGUUUUGCCCAGUGAAACACUAGAUUCCCCAAAAAAAGAUAAGCCUUUCUUUUAAAAAUUAAUGCCUUCCUUCUAAAGAAGUAAUCCGAUUUUCAAUCUAACUUGAUUUGUUAAAACUAAAGCAAGUAUACUUUCCAAUGUAAAUUACUUUCUUGUUACUGAGAUGAGCUUUGGAAACAUUUCAUUUUAAAAACAGAGUCCUGUUAGUUGCUUCAAAUUCCAACAAAGAUGGGCACUCAGCUAUUAAACAAGAGUAGGAAGAUGGUCCUUCCAACAGAUAGGACACCUUUCUUUGUGGUUAAGAUGUGAUGUGAUACUUCAUUUGCAUUUGCUUAGUCAUGGGUCUUUUUUGAGCAAAGAUAGAUCAUUUUGUAAAACUGUCCCUGUCAUAUGUAUUAUUCAUAGAGUAAGAAAGUCUUCAGUCUCUCUCACUGCACAAGCACACCAAAGCCUCUUGCUGCAGGUAAAAGGCUGGACAGCAGUGACCAGAAAGCUUUGCACUAAGCUCUCUUUAGAGAAUUUCAAGACAGUUGCAUUCUUUUUCCAUCUGCACUGGCAUAUGCUGCCCAGUUGGUUUUCAGUACUUGUUGGUUUAUAUAAAGGAGGACUCAUCUAUAAAUGUAAUUGAUACUUUCAACUAUGACUUAGGAAUUCUGAUUCUCCUUUUCUCCACUCACUAGCCAACGUAUCUCUGAUAGCUCCUGUAACGUUUAGACUGUGUCAACCAUUUGCAUUGUUCUUUACAGGAACUAUGUACUACAGUUGUUGUUGGUAGUAAAUAUAAUGGCCAACAGUUUUGGAGAACUUACUCUUAAGGACUGUUCUAAGAUCUUAAAACUGCAAGUUCAUUGCUUUAUUUAUUCUUCAAAACAAUAUGUUCUUCCAUAUUUCUGCCCUUAACAUAUUACAGGUGAAGAAACUGGUCCAUGACCUUUUAAAGUAGUUUACGAAGGUUAUCUAGUAAGGGCAGCAUAUGAAUCUCCAAUCAUGGAGUCUCCAGAGCCCAUUAUCAUACAUACUGAGUUAAGCAAGAUCCUACAUACAUCAUACCUGCUAGGAAAGAAAGAGGAUCUCAUCGGUUACAUCUGAAUUUUUUAUGGCUGGUUAGGGGAAACUAGUUAGUCGUUCCACAAAAGCAGAAGACAUAUGUCUGUGAGCUUUCUAAGCAGAAGAGAAACAAAUAUUUGUCUGACAUACAGUUUUAUAUUGAUAAACAGAAUGAAGAGCAUUUUUACUGACAGACCUCUUUGUGCAAGCAAUCUCUGGUUACUGUGUGUGAAAUGUACUUUCCGGUUACAGUAUGAGCCUCAUUGAUGUGUGAACAUGUAGAUGUUCAUCAUAGUCUACUGAUUUCUGUUUUGCUUUUCAUCUCUUAAACUGGUCCCUUUCUAAACUUCACUUGCAACAAUUAUUGUAAUUUAAUACUUUUUAUUUAUUUAAGGAUUUGAGAUAUUAGACAAAGUCUAUGCUGGAUAUUAAAUGAAUUUCAGAAAUUAUUUAGCUAAUUGAAUUAGUAUGGUGCCUAUUCUGGGUAAUUCAAAUUCAAACACACGUUCUAAGUGUAUCUUUGUAGUUUAAAAAGAAAAAAAAUCCUAAAACCAAUGGUAGAUUUGAAACAAAUAGUGGCAGCUUAGGAUUUCUUAUAUAUAAAAAUUAAUAUAUAUUGUUUAUUCACCAAAUGUGGACUUUAAGUUUUACAUGAAGUAUUGCUGGGUUGAGUAAAGGAGCUUUUAAAGUGGAAAAGGAACAUUUUUUUUGGUAAUUUUUUACUGUUAGCAAACAGUAUGAACUUUCUUUUCUCUAAGGAACAGUUUUUCACAAAAAUAUUGCCAUAGUUAGAAUGGAAGUGAGGACAGAGUCUGAUGGAGGUCAGUGGAACUCAGAUAUUUCUGAAUUACCCAAUGUACAUGCUUAGGACUUCAGGAUUAAUAGCUACAAUAUUUUUUAAUGUCAUGGGCUGCCUUCUAGGUCUUCACAGCUCACAUUAAUAAAUACAUUUGCUUCUGCUUUGUUUCUGUUUUGAAGAGAAAGAAGUGAUUGAUAGUCUUACCAAGAAAACAGGGGAAAAAACCCUAUGUUCUCUGUAUUUAAAAAUGCUAUUGUUGUUAAUGUCUUUUGAAGAUAUGGGUGUUGCGUAUUAUUUGGGACUAAUAUUCUACAGAAAUAAGUAGCUCCCUCCAUCACUCUGGUGCCAGUUGUCAGGGGGGAUUUGGUCUUCUCUGUGUUAGUCACUAUUAAUGGUCAGCGCUCACUCAUUACAACAAAACAACUAAGGCAAGUAGCUGCCUCUGUUUCCUAACACAACUCAGACUCAAUGCUUUGACUUCCUCUCUUAGAGCCUUCCAAUUACAACACAUACUCUUAAGAUGCCAUGGAUCAUUGACUUUAUUUUUAGAAUUUAUUUGAUUUCUAAAUAUAUCGUAAAGGCUUUAAAUUACUGAAAGCUUGAGGAGGCAGUCAUAGUUGCAGGAUAAUUCUGAAAAAGAUAGUUACACUAAAGUUAUUAGUAAUAGUUCCAGAGCAAGACUGUUAUGGGUUAACACAUUUUAAGAGCGUUUUCAAAAAAGUUAAUCAUUGAAGGACUAAAACCAACACACAAUUUGUUAUAAACAGACUCAUUCAAAAUUUGUGUGAUAGAGUUGAUCUUGGGUGUAUGGUAAGAAAGUAGAGAGAACAUGAAGUUGUCUUUUUAUAAUUAGUUUAGAUAGUAAGGUCUCAAUCCUGACUAGAUGAGAAGCUUUUCAAAACCAUGAUACCCAGAUCCCACCUCCAGAUUUGGAUUAAGUUGCACUGCCAUCUGGGCAUUGUGGUUUUUAAGCUGCUUGGGUGGUUUUUAUGUAAAGACUGGCUUAAGAAUUCCUAGUUAAAUGAUAAAUAUGGAUUUUAAAACUUGGGCAUGCAACUUAAAAUGGAGACAUUCUGAAAGUUAUAGAAACAAAUAAGCAUAGUAGUUUGGGCUCUGUCCCUACAUUGUAUUCUCCAGCACUUGCUCAUGGACACCGACUCUUAACGUUUAAUGAGUCAGUACAGUGAGAAGAUGGUGGAGCUGUUCAGAUCUAAUGACGUUAGUUUCUUUUGAGUUUCAGGGAAGUAAUGAAGCUGUGAAGAUGGGCCAGAAGUAGGACAAGCGUGGCUAAUCCCUUUCUAUUCUCUGGUAUGCCACAAAACCCUCCCUGUUGGGGAUCUCGAGAUAACUUGGAGGACUGGCUCCUAUCCUCCCACUCCUGCCCUAGUUCCUAGACACAGCUGAAAGGAAGGGUGCCUGAGCCUGGUCCUCCUCUGCAAACCCCUGCUUUGUCAAAGGAUAUAGAGCAGGUUAUGAAAAAGAGAGAAAAGCACCAACAGAGAGAUGCCCCAAGAAUCCUUUAUACAAAGGAACUCAACUUUUAUCUCAUACAAAAAGUAAUUUAAAAAAAAAAAAAAACCUUCGGCCAACAUUUUCCUUUUUCCUUCUUGUUCUAAAAAAAAAAAAAAAAACAUAAAAUAAAAAUAAAUAAAGUACUAAAAAGAUAUCUUAUCUUUAGGAAAAGAAUCUUGUAAAUGUUAAAGGAGCCCUUAAAGGUAUGCUAGUAGAAGGGAAUAUGUCUUUUUGAGAGCUGAUUUCUUACUUUUAGAUAUUCUUUUUUAACUUGUUUCAAAAUUAUAAUAUAAUUAUAUAAUUCCCUUCCCCCUUUUUUUCCCUAUAAAAUCUCCCAUAUACAUGCUCUUCCUAUCUUUCAAAUUCAUGGCUUUUUUAUAUUUCCUUAUUAAUUUAUAUGAUUAAACUAUUAUAUAUUUCAUAUUUCCAAAGAUAGAAAUACACUGUGUUCACUCUGUGCAUUGUAACUUCUUUGUGUGUUCUCAGGUCUGUCCAUAUGGUAUGGAAUAAUGGAUUGUUCUUCCUUGUGGAAGACUCUAUCUCAUGCUCUCAGCAUUCCUUUAGUUACCUUCAGUCCUUUGCCUGGGGUUAAGACCUCAUGAGCUUUCCCCCUCCCUGUUAGCUUGUCUAUUUGUGUCAUUCUUGUUAUGUGCUGUUUAGGCAGCGAUGAUGGACUUCGUAAAAGGGAAUAAAUCUUUAAGUGCAAAUUAUGGCCUUAAAAGAUACAAAGAAUAGUGGGAACCGGACUUGCUUAGUACACAAUAGCAAAUAUAAAUACAAAGAAUAUCCACAUACAAACACAAACACAAUUAUACUGUGUAUAUAGAAUGAAAAGAUAUGACAAUAAAAGUAUAGACAUAAUUUUACGUAGAAAAAAAUUGUUUUAUUCUGCUAUAGAAAGUAUUAUCAUAAAAAGUCAUGCUUAGAGUUAAGGAGGUCAGGGCUUUCCAUGAUUGUAACUUCCAAGUUGGUUGACCCUCUUCAGAUGGACACUUUCUCUCAUCUCAUGAAAAAGCUGAACAACUUUUCCAGGUGAAUCAGUUCAUAAGUAAAUAAGCUAAUAACUUUCCAAGUCCAGUGUGACGCUAAAAAUCAUACGUGUCAUGAGGUGUUACCUUUCUGAACAAGUUUAAUACAAAACAUUUCAGAUCUAGCUUCAUGUUUGAAUAUCUUGGAGUUCUUAAAAACUAUCAGUACCUGGAAACCAGCAACAACAAUUCUGAUUGAUAAGUCAGCGAUUGAAAAAUCACUGAUUGAUAGACACUAUUUUUAAAAGUGACCAAAGAAACUAAAAUACAAAGCCAAAGUUAAGAACUAUUCUUAAUGUACUUCCAAAAAUGCUAAAAUGUUGAAGCAUCUUUGAACGGUAAAGGGGUAAGUUGGGACAACAGUGUUAUGUCCCUCUAACUGCAGAAUUUGGAAGAAAAUAAAAUGACUUCUUAAUUUAUAACAGAAUUACCUCUUCCAUAGAAUCUUCCCUUCCCAAGUUUAUGAGACCAGCUGCCCCAUUCUAGAUUUUAAAUUAUUGGCAUUUCUGAAGAUGAAGUAACAGGGGAAGUGAUGAACUUUAUAAAUAGACUGCCUAAAAUAUUUGCCAUGAGGGGUCAAGAUGUAGGCGAAGCUGGAAAAAGACUUUAGCUUGGGGAUUAGCCAGAGGCCAACAGUUGUUAAAUUCCCAAAACUUCCUUUAAAAAGAGACUAAGAAUCCCUUUGAGAACAUAUUUUUUUUUCUCUUCAUUGUAUAGUAAGUGAAACCCAGAAAGGGAGAGGGGGGCUAAAAACACUGUACCUUUUUAGCCAAAAUUAGGUCAUGCCAACCACAGCAAAUUGGAAGCUCUACUUAAAUUGUAGCCUUGCAGGGUUGUUGUGGAUCUUGUUGUCACGCACAUGGUAAAACUGAUGUCUCCAGAUCGUGGGCUGCUGCUGGCUCUGCUGAGCAGGCCUGUUCUGCUGUCUGAAUCUAACUGUCCAGCCUAGCUCUCCAGACUGUGACCCGAGGCCGUGUCUGGAAGGUAUGCAGUAGACCACAGCUUUUGAAAAAUACAAACAAACAUCCUGUAAUUUGGCAAUUUCUAAAACAAAAAACAAAACAAAACAAAACAACAACAACAAAAAAAAACCACCACAUUUCAUUCUGCUUUAUGCUGCUAGCAUAACAAAAUGGCAAAGGAACUAAGGACAGACAGUAGAGCACAGCAGUAGCAGGCAAUGUUGCUGUUGGACAACUCUGGCAAAGACCUAUUUUUAUCCCCAAAGGAAAAGGAAGUAGAAACACGUACAUAGCUCAUUCCCUUAUGCCCUGCCUAUCUGAUGGGAUGGGACGGUAGAGAGAAGACAUUCAGGAGGCGCUCCAUUCAUCCAACAAGUACUUCAAAGCAUGGGAAUGUCGGACCCACUGUAAAAUGCAAGGUUUCUUCCGUUUUGUAAAAGGAACCCUUAUUUCCUACUUACAGAACACAACAUUUCCCUGGUAUUUUAAAGUCAUCAUUAUAGUGUUGCUUUGGCCAUAAUUGAAAACUAUAUUUCCAUUAUAUUCAGGAAAUUCACAAUUUUUUUUCUAUUUGCAGAAGAUUUUUAACAAAAUUCUAAGAUCUAUAUGGUUUAUAAAACUGUAUCAUAGCAUCGCCUCACAGAAUUUUUGUUGUUGUUGAUUUUUGGUUUGGGGUUUUUUUUUUAAUUUUACUUAUUUAUUUUCGGACUUAUUGCUAAAGGAGCAACCUUUGUAUCUGAAAACCCAUAUCUGUGGUGUGUCAACAAAAGAGGUUUCCUGUCUGAGGACCAAUUACCAAUUUAUAUGAUUGAUUGUCAGUGAAGUUUCCAUUGCUGGCUUUUCAUAGAAUAAAGUUUCCAUUGUUAUGUAACCUUCCACCUGCUGUUCGCUGAGCUGAGGGAUUGGGCGGGAGAUUGAAGAAGUAAGCUACAGCUUGUCAGUAGAGAACACUGAAGUCACAGUUAUUUAGAGUGGUAGUGAAAUGUGUAAAUAACACUAUCCUCUGGUCUCCUUAUAUGCCAGUUCUAUAUUCUUGAAAAUCAGAAAUUAAAAGCCAGGUUUGUACUGUGUGAGGAUUCUGGAAACCCAGCCUUACAUAUUCAAGACAGGUCUGAGGACUAUUUGAGUAUAUCUUGUGCUGUCAUUUUUGGUGUCCCUAGUAUGGCUCAUAGACUAUAUUGUGUCACUUUGUGCCCAGUAAUACCAGCACAGCUCAAAUGACAAAUAUAUCGUAUCUAAAAGUAUAUUACAAUUAAGGUAGGAAAUACAAAAUUUAUUUUCCUUGGGGACAGUUUAUUUAUUUAUUAUUAUCUUUAUUCACUUUACCUCCCAAUCACAGCCACCUCCUCCUUUUCCUCCUCCUCCUCCUAGUCUCACCCUUACAAAUCCCCCAUCACUGCCCCUCCCCUUCCCCUCACAGAAGGGAAAUCACCUGGGGUACCAUCACACCCUGGGACAUCUAGUCCUAGAAGGACUAGGCAUAUCCUAUCCCACUGAGAUCCAACCAGGCAGACCAAGUAGAGGGGAUAGGAUCCAAUGGCAGGGAAGAGAUACUGAGACAGCUCUUUGGGUACAAUUUUUAAAUAGAUGAUAUGAACUGUGUCCAUAGAAACCUAUGGUAUACCUCAUAUAAAAGUUCAAAGAUUAGUAAAAGGCCAUACUCAUUCAGUAAUACAAAUAGCUGAAUGUACUGAUUGAGUUUGCUUUCCCAGGUACUAUUAGCCAGAGAUCUCUCUGGAAAAGUGAAUGGCUAGAAAGAGAUAAUUUUCUAGAUUUCCAAAAUAUAUCCCAUGGCACCCCAAACUCAGAAGGCAGCUCCGUCUUCAGAGAACAUAUUUCUUAUUAUCACACUCCCACGGGAACAUCCUGUCUCAUGUUCAGGUAAUGGGAAUGGCCGCCAGAAUCUACGCAUGACUACUGAGGGGAUUAGUUUUCUGACUUACAAUGUCAUCUCACUGAGCUGUUCCUGUUUCUCAGUGCAAAUGUAUAGUGCUUGUCACUCUAAAUGUUUACUGCUUAUCUCUAGUUGGCCUGACAGACACAUGAUGGGGAGGCCUUUCUUGAGAGCUAACUGAGCAGACACUAAAGAGGAGAUGAGAAGAAGACUAGUAAUGGAGUGAGCAUGUGCUAGCCAGGAUGGAACAGACGCAUCAUCAGGCAACUUCAGAUUGGCUCCAUUCGCUUCCUUGCUUGUACCCUGGAGUAGUCCUUCAUAAUAUUCCAGGCACACUUUAAGACCCAUUGCCUGUAGUUCCUAAAUUUAAACUCUUCCAUGCACAUGGUUAAUAAACACCUAAUAAAUGAGUGAGCAAAUAAAUUGUGAUCCCCUCUUUCUAAGACCUAUGGGUUCUUAUUCACCCUGGUCUCCAGAAAUACUUAGGAAGGUGACUUGGCUCCAUAGAUAUGACUACCGGUGACUUGAAUUGAAUUGAAUGAGAGAAAACCGGGCUUAUGGGGGAGGUUUGAUUUAGAAACUCUUAUAAGAGGUUAGUGUGAAGUGAUUGGUGUGUGUAUGGAGUGAUUCGGGUAUGCAUAGAGUGAUUUGCAUAUAUAAAACCAUAGCUGGAAAACUGAGCAGAUCCUGACUUGCCAGGGCUAGAUAUGUAUAUAUUGAGUUGAUAUGAUUUAGUUAUUCCCAUGUUGGAUUUUAUUAUCAAGAAAUCUCUCCAUUUUCUGAAAUUAAGUUAAUAGGAAAAGAGUAUUUUGUUGGAUAGGUUAUGAGUCUAAAAACAGCACUCCAUGUAUUUAACCAAAACAUUCUUAAUAAUGUUUAAUUAACUUGUUUUUAAUGAAUCUUUGAGACUUCUUUCUCUGCACUAUAUUGCUUGAACCAUCUGAACAUGAGCUCAGCUACUUCACAGGGAAUCUGACUGAAAGGGAUGGACAUGCAUGUGAGGGGCAGCACAUUACUAUUAACUGGACUUUAAGAUGCUUAUCACACCAAUGUAUUUUAUCCUUUUGUACUGAAAACCCAACCAUGAAAAGCUAGUGUAAAACCCACAAUUAUAAAAACGGAAAUGUAUAAUUUUGUAACUGCGUGUACCUUUAUCCUAAGAAUUGUGAAAGUGGUUUUUUUCCUGAAAUAUAAAGAAAUUUGUAUCAAAAUUAAAAUAAUUUUGGAUUAUUAAGAAAAAACUUGAUAACUGGAAAUAUUUUAAAUUCCUAUAAAGUCUUCUGCAUUGCAUUUUUUAAACAUAAUUUUUAAAUGGGUCAGAAAUCUGAAGAAGAAUUUCAACGGUUCAUUUUAAUCCGUGUGGUCCUCAGAAUUUCUCAACAAGAACAGCACCAGGCCACCAUUCUUCCCAGGAGCCUCCCAUCAGGCUCAGUGCUCCUCGAGCCACUUGGAGGAGUGGUUCAUAGCUACUCUAGAAUGCGUCAGUGUAUUCACAUAGGUACUAAAAUUAGAAUGAAUCUCGGUUCUUUACAGCACAAAAGUAAAGCCCUAAAGACAGUUGUGAUUCGUUGCAAACCCCUUUGCAUAUCAAAAUAGAAAUAAUGUCAAGAUUUGUAACUUCAAUAACCAUGAUACCUAAGCAUUAAUGAAAUGGUGUACGUACAAUAGCACUAUAAAAUGAAAAUACAGUAUAAUGAAUAUUGUUCUUAACCCAUAUUGUAUUUCAGGCUCUUUGAGCUUGGGACUUUAUUGCAUUCAUCUCUGAGUCGGUUAUGCAUAAUAGUUUUUCCAUAAUUGUUGAGGCAAAUGAAUGAAGGAUAAUAAUUGUCCUAUUUCAAAAUAGAGAAGCUUGGAAGAGCAGUUGAAGUCAUCACUCCAUGAGCCUUUCCCUGUGGAGUUGCCCUUCCCACAUCUAACUUCUGCAAGAUUUUGUGUAUAUAUGGUGUUUACUGUGUUUUAACUCAUAUUAAAAUUAGUAUUUAAAGUGUCUUUCUCAGUAUGACAAAAUGUCAGCUCUUUGGAGUACAGAAUUGUAUUCAUUUUUCUAUUUGGGUAUACAAACUGCCGAAUAAGUAUUCUCUCAAAUAAACAGUUGCUUUUUGCACCAUCGCUAAACACCUGACAGGCUAAAGAAUUUUUGCCGUCAUUGCUCUAGGAACUUAUAACAAUAAAGUCUAUGUCAUAUCAUAGAUGCAUGGAGAGUAGAGCUUUAUAAGUAAUCAUUGACUACAACAAAAUGUGGUUCUCGUCUGCCUACAAAACGCUGCUAAUUACUGUAUUAUCAUGUGGUGGGUAGAUAAUAUUUCUACACAUUUCUUGAAUUAUUAUUUUACUGUUCUCAGAAUUUCUGCUGCUUAAAACAUGUAAAUUACCAUAACAUUUGUUUAUUUCACUAGUAAAAGUCAUGAGAUAAUUGAAUGAUGCAUCAUUUGAUAGAUACAUACAUACGUACAUACAUACAUACAUAAGUACAUAGAUAUUUAGAUACAUAGAUAGGUACACACAUAGAUUCAUUUGAAGGCAUGUCCAUUGCUCCAAUGGGAGCUUAAACUUCGUCAAAUCUUUCCAUGUGAUAAUCAUCUAAAUUAUUCCUAUAAGACCAUAAAAAAUUCCAAUACAUAGAAAAAGAACUUGUAUCUCUUGUAAGCCCUUUGUAAAAUAUGCCUUUUACUUAUUCCACUGUUAGCAUCAGCAGAUGGUAAGAAGAAAACUCAAAACGAUAAUUAAAUCAUGAAGACUUCACUAGAAAUCUUCCUAUCUUCAUGACAUAUUUGUUUUAAUGAUAUUGUUCUCUAAAAUUAUCAUCACUUGAUUUUUUUAUUAAAUUUCAUCUAUUCAGUCUGUCUCUCUAGUCACCUGCUUUCAUUUAUACUUACUUCUAUUUUGAAAGCAUUGACUUACAUAUCUGCAUAUUAUGGAACUAACAGCACAUUUCUUCUUAGUGCUCCUACUGAGAGAUAAGUUAGUUAUCACAUGUACAAAAGUACCUGCUCAGAAAUUGUCUCUUGUUCACUAGGAACAACUCCAGCCUAGAAAACCUGUUACCCAGUAGAUAUUGCUGCCUACUGCUUAAGAACACAAUACAUUCUCAUUAUCAUUCAAGAAAUUAAAUGAUUACAUUAAACUCUUUGUUAAACACUUUAAUACAUAAUUUAAAUGAAGUGAGCAUUGCCUUGAACUAUCUUGUAUAGAAAUUGACUUUAAAGUCUGAUUCUACUUUCAUUAGCUGGUCAUUCCUGCUCUAUAUUUCAACUUCCAUCUCAGCUACUGAUGCAUCUAGACCUAUAUUUUCUUGUUUCUGUUAAUAAAAAUAGCUUUAAAAAUACCAAUCUAUGCAUAAAUAAUUUAAAAUUUAAAGAAAAAGGAUGUGAAUUCUUAACUGUUAACCAGUGUUGAACAUACACUUUAGUAUAAAGAUCUGAGAUUGUUUUAGCCAUAAUUUUAUAUCAAAUAUGAUAGCAGUUUAAGCUAUUUUUACCUUUAUAAUUCUCAGAAAGGUAGAAUAUUCCAUAUAUUUUAGUGCCUGUGAUUUAAUUCCCACUUGUUAUUAUGGGAUGUUACAACCUAAACUGUAAAUGUAUUUUGAUAACUUACUUUUAUUAACGAUACUUAAAGCAUUUAUGGACUGAGACUGAUUGUAUUGAUUGCAUUACAAAACUUCAAGAAAUAAUCAUCAGUACAUUUUAGUGUAAUUAAUGCUUUAGUCUUCUUGAAGUGCCUAAAAUAGAUUUCAUAAUUUCAGGUACUUGUGGCAAACAUUAUAUUCUAUUCACAUAAAUGUAAAUGCCUUAAGUUAUUUAAAAGUAUGAGAUAUAUAUGUUUACAUUGCUAAAUAUAUAGGUUUUAUACUUUAAACUUCCCAGGUGUUUAUCCAGAAUGGGAAUAGUUUUUAAAAUAAUGGUUUGUAGAAAUGCUUCGGAUUGUAGAAAAUUUUCAACUAUAAUCGAUUAGCAGGUAGAGUUUACAACAGAGAAAUUUAAUCAAUCCUAGCAAUAGUUGUUUACACCAAGAAAAUCCAUAAAAUAUGUAAAAAUCCAGCAUAAGUUUUUCAUACAGAGUGAGGUUAUGGAGUUUGUAUUGAGUACUGAUUGAGGCUGAUGGGCAUCAGGAGAAGAAGACAAAAUAAUGCAGUGGCGCAUCUCAGCAACAAAAUGAAAAACAAUGGCUUCUUAGUGGGCAAAUGCUUUAGAGAAGUUAUUCCUUCUAUAUACGUAUCUUUGUUUUGAAAAAGUGAACAUCACUAAUAUUAGUCGUAGGGUGUGCAUGAGGCCUAGAGUCUCCAUGUUGAACAGAAGGUAUGUGCCUGUAGACCCCACAUAAUGCCAUAUGAUGUCCAUGAGCUCUAGAGGACCCAUAGCACCAAAGGCUGCUCUAUUUACUAAGCCUUUCUUAAUGCUUUUUGGUUUUGAGAUUACACACACACACACACACACACACACACACACACACAUAUAUAUAUAUAUAUAGAGAGAGAGAGAGAGAGUUUUGUCAGAAUGCAUAUCUAUGAACCACAUGCAUGCAGAGCACUCUGAGGCCAAAGAAGAUAUUAGAUACUCUGAAACUGAAGGUACAGUUGGGAGCUCCUAUGGGACUCAGCCAGGGUCCUCUAGAAAAAUAACCAGUGCUCUUGAUCAUUGAGCUAUAUCUGCAGCCUCUCUUCCAAACAAUUUUACCUUCUUCUGCAUGUGUGUUCAUAAAUCAAUAGAUAGUUGAUGUUGGAUUCUCUUUACCAAAACAAACAGCACACACUGGAAUGGACCAUUAGUUUCCAGCUCUAGAGAUUCAUACUUCUCAUCGCCAAAAGAAAAGGGAAAUUCCCUUUGCUGAAGCUUCCUGCUCUAUAAAGUGCACAUGAUGAUGUACACCAGGGUCUUACGGGGAUUCAGGGAGCCUGCAAGCACAGUACAACUCACCAUAUACAGCGAAGGUUAAACUAGGUAUCCUUAACAAUCAGAAUCCUUCUUCCUAUUUUUCUUUUGUGAGAAAGUUCUAAUAAAUACAUCUACAAUUACCAGAAUAAUCAAUUAAAGACGUUAAAGACAAAUUUACAUUUUUAUUUUAUAUUUCCAAAGAUUUAAAGAGUGUUUAUAGUGGUUUUUAAUGGUUUUGGUUAAAAUCUUUAAAGAUGGUACUAUAGAAUAGAAGAUUUACUUAUUUCUGGAUUUUCCAAGUUUUGAAAUGUUGAUUAAGAGUAAGCAAUUUCUUUUUUGAUAUUUAUUUUUAUUUCCUAUCUAUGGAUGUUUGAUUUGCAUGCAUGUCUUGUACCACAUGCAUAUCUCUUAUCUGUGGAGACCAGAAGAGGACACUGGACACUCUGGAACUGCAGUUAUGCUUGGUUGUGAACCCCCAUGUGAACCUUGAUCUAUAGAAGAACAGCAAGUGACUAUCAUGGCUGAGCUGUCUGUCAGUCGUUUCUAGCCACAGUGAUAAGCAACUUUUGGAAGGAAAUUGUAAAUUUAUCUUUUUGGAAUAUCAAACAAGACUUGGAUGAGAGGGGUCAGCCUUGAAGUUUCCUGCCAUAAAAUUAAGCAUUAGAUAUAUAUUAAGUAAUAUUAACAUAUUUAUUGUUAUAGAUUUUGGCUUGGAAACAUUUUUGUAUUAGCCUAUCUAAUAACCAUCUUAAAAUAUUUACUACAUACACAUGACCCCGUUAUGUAUUUAUUUUUAUCAAACAAGUCUUACAGUCUUUGCUCUACACACAAUAGGGAUCAUAAUGAUGGACAGGAGUGACUAAUAUCCUGACACCGAGACUCUCUUUGGCAAGUUUUUCCUCACAGCUUUUGACACAGUGAGCAGGACUUUUAUCACAAGUAAUGUCAAUUUUUAACCAGAUUCUAAUCUUGUAUUUGUCAUCAGCUUGUUCCCUUCAUCAGUGUACGAUGGACACAUCUUUCUUGCCUGAAAGCAUACAAGUGUUAGGUCUAGAUGACCAUCCAAAGGUAGCAAUUAUCCUUACUAUGUGGAGGGGUAGACAUGUAUAUAUUUUACAUUAAACGGAGCUUUUCGUUCACUUAAAAUCACUCUGUAUUCCACAUGGUAAGAGCUGCUACAAAAGUAGAAAGCUGGACUCAUUCUGCUAAAUUUGUAGAGAUCCCUUUGUGUUGUAUUGAGGCAGAUUUGGUUCAUUCUGGAGGGUGAAAAGGGGAGACUGUGAACUGUGGCCAGCCUGAGCCAUCCUUCUCUACCCUGCCUUUAAAAACAGAAGUUUGUCUACCAACACAGACCAUUGGCUUUAAAUCAGUCAGAUCAAGUCAACCACCUCUUUGGAAAUUCCAUAUUAAAGGCAAAUUAUUCUAUCUUUGUAAAAGUGUGAUGCUAAAGGAAUAAAACUCUUUUGUGGGGUCUUCUAUAUGGACUUUUUAGUUGCACCACUCUGUGGCUCAUGCUAGCUAAUCAUUUUAAGUUUGUAAAAUGGGGGUUAUCUCUGAGACACAUUCUUACCCAUGUACUUUGAAAGUGGAAUUUACUUGAAUCUAUGUUUUGUAAUUUAGAUAAUAAUUAUUUGUAUCCAAACCAAAUUUGAACAACUGUUUCCUAAUGCAUGUGAGAUCCAAAUCUUUACCAUAAAGGGAGCGGGUGUGAAUGUAGAUAAUAAGCCAAGUAGAAAUGGUGAUCUUAUGUGAGCUGCAGAUACCAUCUGAUCAUGUCUUCUAACUAAUUGGAUCUCUCAGAAGCUUGCUAGCAUUCUAUCUAGAGGUCUAUCCUGAGAUUAUUUUUAAAGCACAUUUGUUAUAGAAAUGAAAUGCUAAAUAAGAAAGAGGAAAGUGGUAACAGGGAAAGUUGGCAUGGAGAACUGUUGCUGCACUCAUCUCGCUUCAUCUUUCUUCUAAAUAUAGUUAUAACAUACUGCCCGGGUCAGCUGAUGUAUGCAGGGCCCUUUCACGACUGAGUCCCUUCCCAGUCAACUCCAUCAUGGUUUUAGUGAAUGUAUGUGGAACAAAGCAGCUGAGUUCCAAUAUCAAAUCCAUAGUGAAAGUUGCCAAUCCUCCAAAUAUUUUUAAUAAAUUACUAAUCUCAAGACCAGGCUUAAGUUGCUACUUCAGGGCUGAAACUAACUUUUUAAAAGUCAUAUCUCUUACUAAGAUGUCAUAUUAUAAAAUACUAGAAUACUAUUUAUUCUUUGAUGGAGCCAUUUAUUCCACUCAAGGAGAAGCCCUGAAAAGGAGAUGUGUUCAUCUAUUUUUACUCUAAGAAUAUAAACAUGUCUGUUACACUCUAGUCAGUAAAUGAAUUCAGAAGCCAAUAUGCCUACAUGCUCAAAUUUCUUCUGUAAAUGAUGAAUAAUAUUGAUAAAUGAAAAUUACAAAUCUGCAAUAGAGCUUAAGUACUGAAUAGUAAAUCAUUCUGUUACUAACUCUGUGUUCCAAUGACAUUUUCUAGAUUUAAAAAAAAAAAGCCAUUCCCAUAUUUUAAAAUAUUUUGUGCCUUUGCAUCAAUGUAAGCAAAUGUGCAUUUGAAGGAAAGUUCACAAUUUGUUCACAUAUAAUUCCCUUUUGGAAUCAAAGUGCCCUUUUCAAAAAUAGUUUAUAUCUUUAAAAUAUAGUAUUUAAUAUCCUCUUUCCCACCAGACUAAAUAGAUUGCAAGUGUUUGUAAGAAUUAAAAUAGAGGAGUGGUGGAUAGUUUUAAGAGACACGUUUGUUCUCCUAGCUUUGUCAGUGUGCAUUAUGGAGCUGGUCAUCAUGCAGGACGGAACGAUGAGGAUGGCAGCUUUAGCUCAUGUGACUGACAUGCACCCAUCAUGGCCAUUAAUACAAGUUGGCAGUGACCUUGGCAGCAUCACAAACAGUCUCCUUUGUGUGGGGGGUGGGGGAGGGGCAGAUAAACUAUAUUUGAAUGAUACUUCUCCUGUGCUGAAGGCAAAGUGGGUGCUUUUAAGAACUUUACUGCUUAAUUGUCUUCUUUAGUUCUAAAGCAAAUAUUUAUAGUUAUCCUCAUCCUUAUUUCCUAUUUCCUUUUGCCCUCUCAAAUAACCUCUUCUGGUGGGGGAACUGCCAUUUGUAUUCAAUAGCACUUUCAGAAAGAGUCAAGGCUAAUUUUAUUUUUAUUAUAGUUGUGUAUCUGCAGCCAUAUACUACUUUGCCCAUCAGAGUCAAAACUCUAACGAUCAGGAAGCACACAUGCAGAGGACAUAGACUCAUAAUUUGAUAUAAUAAAGCAAUUAUUAUUAAAAAUUUAGCUUUCACAUGAUAAAACUUCUCAACAGCAAGGACUGGGAACAUGGGUCCCCCAGUGAGGCACUAGCCUCAGAAUCCGGAGGAACUAAGUUUGAGCCAUACCACACAUGUAAACUCACUCUGGCUUGAAAACCCAAUCCUGGGAUACAAAUGCAGACAGACAGAUCUUGGGUCUGCUGGACAGUCAGGGUUGGCUCCAGGCCAGCAGAACUCCUUUUUUUCAAAACUGAUGGAAAUUUUUCUGAGGAUAAUACAUGUGUACACAUUCUACCUGUAUCCAGAUAGGUAGGCACACAUGCAUAUACAUCAUGACAACAUAAAUAGUCACUACAGGGUUUAAAUGAUACAAAUGUAUAUUCCCCACAACUUCUGAGAUAAUUGAAAUAAAAUAUAUAAAUUCAUCAUUGCAUAGUUUCUGUAUCAGAUGGAUUUAUCGCGUUGCAGAGAACUGUGAUGCAUAAAAUAUUAAGCAAUGACAUUGUCAUCAUUUUAAAUAACCUGUAAUAUACAGCUUAGUAAAAGGUUACUACUGAAAGACCUACAUUUUAAGGUUGAUUUAAGUAAACAGACUUUGAGCAGGUUAUGGUUUCUUGCAUAUAAUUGUUUGUGAAUCAUAUUUCUGUCAGGAAAUAAUCAGUGACUAUGAAGGGAGAAUAUUUCCCGCUAGUGAGGUUCCAUUUAAAAAUGACUUCUUCCUGAGUUAUGGUGGUCUUCUGGUACUUUGAACCAGCUGUUUACAAUAACACUUACAGGUGUGACUGCACUGGAGAAUAAUUGUUCAUUCCAAACUUUGGCAUGACUUCCAAAUUAAUCAAUUGGCACAAUUAAAGCAGAGUUACUAGUCAUGGAUGUAUUUUAGUAUUUCAUGUAUCAGAGUGAUGCUUCCAAUUAGUGGGUCAUUUCAAGUGCACCAUACAAUUUAUUUUCAUACAGAGUUCCCUCGAGCAUUAUUUAUGACGAAGGAAGAAGUGUAUGAAUGGAUGUAGCUCUUGGUUAUCAUCCUCUGUGAAACUGGUCUGUAUAUGCAGUUUCUUGUUAUGCUUAAAUUGCUAUGAAAUACACUGAAAGUUGAAGGUAUUUUAUACCUGGAUUUUACUGCAAGUGAGUAAUGAUUAAGAGUCUAUAACACUAGCUAGAAUGAAGGUGCAUGGCUGUAAUCCUAGCACUCAGAAGGCAAAAGCAGGAGGAGGCCAGCUUGGUUUGCACAAUGAUGUUAAGGCUAGCCUGAACUACAAAGCAUGACCCUGCCCUAAAAACAAAAGCCUGGGAGAUGACUCCAUACCUAUAACACUUAAAAUCAUAACCCCAGGAAAGAAGAAUCUCAGAAGAGCUCGUAUUGUGUUAAGGUAUACCAUUUAAACCAUAAAAAAAAAGCUGCAUUUCCUUUUUUUUUGGGGGGGGUGGUUCUAUUUAAGAUACAAAUAAGACAGGAGUUGAAUCCAAUUUCAAAAAUACAUCAGAAAGAAACUAUAUAGAAAUCCCUCAUAAACUGCAAGUCAAACUUCUAGCUUUCCUUUCAGGUAGAAGCGGAGAUUGUAGAUUUACUUGAAUUUCAUACCCUUCACUUUUACCUGACAAGGACCUUUGACACAAAACUUUUACCUGACAAGUACCACAUUGUGUAAAUUUCUCUUCAGAACAAUGCACAUCUUUAUAAAUUGCGGCAGCACAGCAGACAAGAACUGAGAGCCUUGGGGUCAGCCUCUGCCACCUCGAGAGGCAGACUUUAGUGUUCCUCAUGAAAAGUUGGACAGGUUGCAUAUGUUUUUCUUUGCUUCUAUUUCCUCCACAAAAAUAUGCUAAGUAACAUGCAAUGACAGUAUGAAUUUACCCAGAUAUCAUAGCAUAUAGAAAUAAUAGAAAGAGUUUCCAAAGGACAUGCUCAGACAGUGUGACUACUACAACCAUGAUGAGGAACAACUAUUUCACAGAAAUAAACUAUCAAGCACAGAUUGGGGCAGAGCGAUGCCAAAUUUUAUUAUUCUUUCUUCACCCUGUUUUUAAUCUGAACUUGGAUUUCUUAACAUAAUGCUAAAAGAUGCAGCUUUUGGUGGCAGGUCAUAAAUCACGAUGGCAUCUUUACUUACAUUACCUAGUUAAUAUCUCAUAACUGGUAAUAGAGAAACAGAGUCUUAGAAAAACAUUAGAUUUCCAAACUGAAUUUCAGAAUUAUGAAAAUCACAGCUGUAUUGUAAUUGCAUAACAUAAAUUUCUGCCUGAUAAUUGAUUUUUUUGUUGCAGCAUGUCAACAGAAUUCAUGAAAUAGACUUUACUUUCUUGAUUAGCUUAAUUCUAAAAUACAGGAUUUUUCUUGGGAAAGAGGGGGUUGUUAUAGAAGUUAGAUUGUAUAUACAUAUGUUGUAUUUGAAAAGGGAGUGAACCUGUUUGUGUUUGGCUGUGUGAGCACAGAAUAAACUUAAAGAUUUAGGAAACUGAAAAUGGCCAAUGGAACAAGAAACCCAAAUGGGAGUCCUGUUCAUUUUGUAUACAGAGAUGGGGGAGGGGAAGGGGGAAGGAACAAAUGGGCGAAAUUUCACAAAAUAUUGCAUACAAAUUUUAAUGAGUUGAGCUCAGAGCUACGUGAGGUGAACAGUAUCCCAACCCCUGUAGGUUGGGAGCUCAGGAAAUUCUGGUAUGCUCUGUCUCCAUCGCCCUUCCCAAGGCAGGACAGGCGAACGACAUUAUGCUGUACGUAAGCAUCGUCAGUGUGCACUCGGGUCUAGACACUUCACUGUAAGAAGUCCACACACCAAUAAUGUCAAGAAAUUUUCUGGAAAAGGAAAAGAAUAUUUAAUAAUGCAAGAAAUUUUUUGACUUAACUCCAUACCAUUCCCUUAAGGAGACUAAAAAUGUUGUCACUUUGACAUUUCAAACAUGUAUGUAGCCACAAGAAAUGAGGGCAUUUCACAGAUUUAAAGGGGUUAAAAGUAAGUCAACUACUUAUUACUUACUUAUUGGAUUCAAUUGAUAUCCUAACUUGGAAUAUCACCUCUUCUGAAAUGACUGCUAUUAUUUAGACUUCCAUACAUAACAUGGAAAUUUUGCUAGAUAUCUGACAUUCUGACAAGCACCUAGCUACACAGCUGUUUUCUGUUUUAUCUCACUGUUUUAUCCUCCUGAGAAUUUUUCCAACAUAUUUAAUGAAAACUGAAAUUGUGAGAAAGAAAUCAUCACUGUUUCCCACUUCUUUAUUUACUGUAAUUUUACUGCUUAUUCUGUAUUCACAAAUUCUCAAGAAAGGAUUUUCUCAUUGUGUAUCUUUACUUUAUUUCUUAUAUGAUUGAUGUCUGAAAUUGCCCUCCUUUGCAAUCCACUGUCUUUUAUUCUAUGAUAGUCAUUGAUCACUAGUUCUCAUCUGAAUGUAAUAGAAAUAUCUAAAUACUACUGUCACAGAUCACUCAGCUACUCAGCGUCAAGAAACAUGAUAUCACAUCACAUUUCUUGAGGAAUCAGUUUUUCUCUCUUUCAGUGAAUUUGAGACAAAAGUUUUCAAUAGUACGGUUUUUUUUGUUUUGUUUUGUUAUGUUUUGUUUUGUUUUUAUCAAACCUGGUGAUUGGCCAAGGAUUCAUAGUAUUUUGGGCUCCAAGUACAAGCACCAACUAAAGAUCUGAAGAAUUUAGCUACAUAAAGGUGUAUUUUACCAGAAGAGACUUCAUACAAUUCAGGAAUAUUACAAGAACCCCUUAGAAAAGUUAGUGUGGGACAUAAAGGAUGGCACAAGAGAGCAGAGGACACCUCCAUUUCUAUGAGAAGCAUUGCAGAGAAGCAAGCUGUUGGGCUAACAGCGAUGAAUCUGGAUGGAGAGUGGAAGUAAAAGGAACUGCAAGAAAGGCAAGAAUUAAAGUGGAGGGAAAAUGAAUGUUUUAAGAAAUGGUAAAGGAUUGAACUCAGGUAAAGAGAAGGGAAAUGGAGAUACAUACAUAUAGACAUACGCACUUUGCAUGUGUGUGUAUGCUGUGUGCACAUGCAUGUGUGUGUGCCUACUUUCACCCCAAGUACUGACAAUACAUAGUGUGCCCUCCUUUAACAGGGACGGGAAGACGAGCAUUGGCAGCACAAAGACUAUGUGAAUUAAUUAUAUGAGAGCAGAAACCUUUGCUGAGUCGGUUGUCACAUAUCACACUGAACAAUCCCUGGAACAGCUAUUAUUUUUUAAAUUAUAACUGAAUUAAGGAAUGAGUAAAUGUUGCUUUGGUUUGAUUUCUUACCUUUAUUGAUCAGUGAUAUGAACUUGUCUGUGGUCACAUGAAAUCUCACAUAAGUGUGAGAAGUGUUCAGAAGCAAGUGACAUUAAGAAAUGAAGAUCUCACGGAACUCCUUCACACACACACACACCCUGGACAUGUUUCCUUAAGGUUAUUUUAUCACUGGAAUUUUUGCUAUCAGGCCUACUACAAGUCCACAAGCUACAGGCUUAAGAAUUUUUAAAAUAAAACCUAUUAUGCAACUAACAUAGCAUAGUAUAUCUUAGUUUUCGUCAAGAGGUUGAGAGAUGACACUGGGAACUACAUUCACUAACUCUCUUCUUUCCCGUUCUAAAUCCAGUCUGUGUAAUAUCCAUCCUAUAGCAGUCACUGCAUGAACACAAAUGAAUUCGGCAUUGUUUAGUAAUAAUAACUGACCAGUGGGAAAAUUUUCUCCUUAUUAAUAAUAAAGUAUAGAGAAAAGAUAAUAAUAUAAUCUCAGUUCCCCAAGAUUCUUAAUUUUGUCCGGGAUGGCAAACUCAUCCAUCAGUGAGGAAGAUACCCUCCCAAACACACAAAUUUUAAUGGGAGUUACAGAAAUAGUGAAAUCAGAACUUUCGGGGGUAACAUUAAAUGGUUAAAGAAUCCUGUGCAAUUUGAGUGUUUGGAAAGGUAGGAUGAAAGAAGCUGUGUGGCAGAAGAAAAGAUGCAAACUUAAAAGAGGUGAGACAAUAAAUUGGUGCUUUGAGUUUGUGUACAUGUGAGUUUGGGGAGUGUUGAGACUGUUGCUGUGUAGCCUCAGCUGGCCUCAGACUUCAUGCCUCCACCCCCUGAAACGCUGGAAUUACAAGCAUGCACCACCACACCCAGGUUAGACUUUUAUUCUUUAUGACUAUGUAUAUUUUUGGAUUCUAGAGCUAAAAGCAAGAAUAUAAUUUGAAACGAAGAGCUUUGACAAUGAGGGGAAAACCUCAAGUAAGGAACAAUUAGCAGAAUACAUGAAAUUCAAUCCAGACUUCAAGUUUAGGGAAGGAGGACCUGUCUGCUGAGUGUUGUGGGGCAGGGAGCAGGAAAGAAGAGCCAAGGCGAGGUAUUCUGUGAGGGAUUAGCCGAGGGGAAGAAUGUCCUGGGUCAGAGCUGUGAAAUAUCAAAAUAGUUUACUGGGGAAGCUGUGGUGCUCCUUUUCCGGAAGCCCUUAAAAUAGGAGAGGCAAAAUCCUUGUGAAAUAAUUUCUCUAUGGUAUUAUCUAAAGGUGGGAAUGAUGAUAUGAGUGAGCCCAGCCACUGCCAAUAUUGACCCAGAAUGACAAUGCUCACCUGAGCUUAAUAGAAAUACAGAUCUAUGCAUUUCCACUAUGAAGAAAGAACAGCCCUUCUUAUUUUAAAAUCUUUUCUUGCUUGGUAAAUUAUUCUUUUAUGUAAAGAUCAAUUUUAAGACAAAAGAAAUGCUAAGCCUGUGUUGAAAUUCUCCCUGGUGAUUUAGGAAAUCCUGACUAUCAACUAGUUUUUACAAAGGAAUUCCUAAGUGUUACCGUAUUUAUUAUUUCUCUAGUUUAAAGCAUAAAAAAGAUAAACUCUUCGUAUAAUCUUGAAUUUUAGAGUCCUCAGGGAUGUGACCAAUUAACUACUAUGUCAACUAGUUUUUUAAGACAAUAUCCAUUUCCUUGUGUCUAGGGGUAAUUAAUUUGUCACUGUUUCCCCUUCUGAAACACCAUUUUCUCUAAAUACACCCAUAGGCCAAGGAUACUGAUACAAAUAUUAUUUUUUUAGGAUCCUAGGAAUUUUUUAUUAGGUAAUUUCUUCAUUUACAUUUCCAAUGCUAUCCCAAAAGUCCCCCAUACCCUCCCCCCACUCCCCUACCCACCCACUCCCACUUCUUGGCCCUGGCAUUCCCCUGUACUGAGGCAUAUAAAGUUUGCAAGACCAAUGGGCCUCUCUUUCCACUGAUGGCCUCGUAGGCCAUCUUCUGAUACAUAUGCAGCUAGAGACACGAGCUCUGGGGAUACUGGUUAGUUCAUAAUGUUGUUCCACCUAUAGGGUUGCAGAUCUCUUUAGUUCCUUGAAUACUUUCUCUAGCUCCUCCAUUGGGGGCCCUGUGAUCCAUCCAAUAGCUGACUGUGAGCAUCCACUUCUGUGUUUGCUAGGCCCCGGCAUAGUCUCACAAAAGACAGCUAUAUCAGGGUCCUUUCAGCAAAAUCUUGCUAGUGUAUGCAAUGGUGUCAGCGUUUGGAAGCUGAUUAUGGGAUGGAUCCCUGGAUAUGGCAGUCUUUAGAUGGUCCAUCCUUUCGUCUCAGCUCCAAACUUUGUCUCUGUAACUCCUUCCAUGGAUGUUUUGUUUCCAAUUCUAAGAAGGGGCAAAGUGUCUAUACUUUGGUCUUCGUUCUUCUUGAGUUUCAUGUGCUUUGCAAAUUGUGAUAUAAAUAUUAUUACAAAGUUUCUUUUACUUUGAAGACAGUUUUUGCCACCCAGGCCAUUCUUUACGACCUAAAAAUAAAGAUUUCUUGUUCACUAAAAGCUUUCUUAGACUGCAGGGAAUAAACAUUUUGAUCUUUCGAGUGACAUUUUUACAUUAAAUUCAGUCUUGGAUAUAAUAUACUUGUACCGCCUAUGGAGUUUUAAAAUGGCUCUGAUCCACUGUUGUCUUUAAUAUCAUGUGUAAAUAUAUAAAUGAAUAUGAAUAUGUUUAUUGUAUUACCAUGUGUAGUGGUCUGCCUGUGAAAAUAGUCUGAUACAUGCUGAAAAUAUACAAAAUCUUGCUGCCUCCUUCUCUACAGGCCUUGAUAAUACAAAACUACAUAAUAUACCAUUUGCAAUGAACUUGUAUAAAGCACCAAAGUAUGUGAAAUUCAUUUACACAUACUUUGUAUUCAUAUACAUUUACUAUAUGUAUUCAAUCUACAUGAAUGAAUGUAAUGAAUAAUAUGAAUGUAAAUUCAUAUACAUUUACUAUAUGUAUUUAAUCUCAACACUUGAAAGGCAGAGGCAGGCUUAGUCUACAUAGUGAGUUCCAAGACAGCAGAGCAGCCAGGGAUACACAGAGAAAUCCUGACAUGGCAUAUAUAUAUAUAUAUAUAUAUAUAUAUAUAUAUAUAUAUAUAUAUAUAUAUAUUCUGUAUGCUAACUGUUUUCAGCUAAUAUUUCUAUUAGGUAUAUGUAUUAUAAAGCCAUAAAAUUACCUCUAAAAUAAUGUUAGUGUAAAAGUGCUAGAAAAUAAUAAGACUCUGAGCACUGAAACACAUAGAAUCCCAAAGAAAUUGAUAAAUGUAUAAACUCUGAGGUAACAACUUGCAAAUAGGAGAGUAUUAUAGCUUGUAUCCAACAGCGACUGGGAGAGAUGUAGGUAAGAAAGCAGAGAUUUGUCCAGAAAUUAAAACUUACUGUCAGCCUUCUUCAAACCAACCUCAGAGGUUACACGGCUUUUGACUUUGUACCACUUAGGAACUUGAAAGGCACCUUAGAAACAGAACUUAGCUUGGCUUGUGUGCCUGUAUAUGAUACUUGAUGUUGCUACCUGGCUGACAGGCCUGCACCAAGUGGGAAGCAUAAGGCACGUGAACUCUGAUAGUUCUGUCUUCCUGCACUUCUACUGCUUUGCCUGCAGGUCUUUGGGCUUCAGGGACAAAUUACAUUCUUUGAUUGCUAAGUAUCUAUUCAUAUUUCUGACUUAAAUAAGCAGCUAUUUCCUAUGCCUAUCUCAAACAUGUGCUUUUUGUAAAAUUAGAAGAGUCCGCAGCUCUUUCUGCAUGUCUUCACUGUGAUAAAUACUACUAUGCUAUCCUUGAGCUGUGAGUAUCAAUUUGUGAGCUUUCAGAGGCUUGCCUCUUUCUGUAGAGAUACUGUUAUCAGAUGAUCACCCAAAUACAUUAGAAAAAUGCCCUGUACUCUGAGAUUCAGGACAUAGAAAUUAGAUAGGCCAUCUUUGGAAUCCACUUCGGGAAGUGUAUGUAAAGAGAUCUCCAGGGACUGCCAUCAAUUUGCCUAUACUUCUGAAGAUUUUCUUUUAAAUUCCAGAUUAGAAAAAAAAUCAGGCUGAAGUACCAGCUCCAUUUAGUAAUUUCUGAUCUCUACAAACAGAAUUUUAUCUAUAGGGGGAAGUACUGUAAUACUUUCCAUUUAGUAUUAUCUGCCAAGGAUGACUUGAUCUAUCCUUGAAAACAGCCCAGGACAGAAUGUGUAGACAUGCAGAGAUAAGGAGCCUCCUGCCAGGCCUUGGGCUCCAGGAGUCUCAGCUCAGCUCUGGCCCAGGCGUCUUUCCUCUGCAGUGCACUUACCUUACCCCGCCUGGAUAUUAUAGAGGAAGCAUUCUGCUUUUCUGAGGACACCUCUAUUCCUAGUUCUUUGACAGCUUAACUUGCCAUAUCCCCUCAGUUUUAUGUGCAAAAGAAUAUAAAGGAAGGUGAUGAAAUGAGAAAACCUGGAGUGGAGUUGCCACAGUGGAGAAGAAACGCUUUUUGCAGAAACGCCUUGUUUAGUCCGCAGUCAUGACAAGGUUUUGGAGGACCAUGUAGGUACAGCAUAAAGGGCGUCUUAGUACAUAGGGAAGAGAGGAGAACAUGCAAUGUAAAAUAUCGGUUAGCAGUAAGGAUAAAGAUGGGCGGGAGAAAAAAACACAGUUCUGUCUCUUAAAUAAUUCUAAGCUUGUGGUUCUUCUUUAGAACCCUUAACUUUAUAAAGAAGUAUUAAUUUAGGCCACAUGGCAAAUCGUAUAACUUACUUUGAAACUCAUUGUGUUAAUGAGAUAAAAAAAAAAAAAGAAGAAAGUGGCUUAUUAUAAAGGAUCAAGUUUGUACAACUAUUUCUAAAAAUUGAGAAAAAGGGAACAGUAAAAAAUGUAUACUUUACUUUCUUUGACACUACACUGUAAAGGAAAAUUUUAUCUCCAUCGCUUAAAAUUAUAUAGUUCUUUUUGGGUCAUCUCUGUGUCACAAUUUUUUAAAUUAAACUGAAUCAUAUGUCUUUUACUCUAACUUCAUACUUAUAGACAUAAUUUUUCAAUUUGUUUUUUUCUAUAAAAAUGCAUCAAUUUAAAAAAUAGUGGAUAAUUCAAUUUGUCUUUUCAUUUUCAGUUGGAAAUUAAUCUGUUUGGCUUUAGGCUAUGUAACACCUCUCAUUAGACGGACUACACGUAGAUACAUGAGCGUUUCAAAUACAGAAAGCACUGAGAUUUUCACAUAAUACUGAGAUCACAAUCAGAGCUGCUGAUUGUAUCAUGUUAGGUCUUUUGAGAGAGAGAAUGAACCAACUGAGCAAAUGACUGAGUUACACCAGUGAUGUACCCCAGCACUCGAGAGGCAGAGACAGGCGGAUUUCUGAGUUCGAGGUCAGCCUGGUCUACAAAGUGAGUCCCAGGACAGCCAGGGCUGUACAGAGAGCCCUGUCUCGAAACCCCACCCCCACACACCAAAAAAAAAAAAAAGAGUAUUUAUACACAAAGAGAAACAGGUCUUUAUACAAUACUGGAAUUUGAAUUUGUUGUAAUCUUGAGUAUAUUGUCAGGCAGUCAUGGUGCUAUCCACAACUGAAAAAUGAACGAUGCGCCCAGGUACAAUUUCAACCAAUCGACAGUAUUUUCACAAAAUAACUGUAUAUUGAAGAAAGAUGUAUCGUUAAAUUCAAUUGGUGCCAAUUUAGAGGCCUUUGACUUCACAUUGUUUUGUGAAAGCUUCAAAGAUUAUAUACCAUUAUGAUAAAAAAGAAGUUUAAACAACAAAUUUAUUAAAUUGAAUUUUAUUCAAGUGAAUUUUUACAAAUGAGCAUCGCUGUAUUUUACGUAAUAGAACAACUGCAUUAUUAUUUCCACUUUUCGGGUGAGAAUAUCAGAGGUUAGGGUACUGUCAUUUAACUGAGUUUGCCAAACUCAGGACUGUGACAGGAGAGGAUAGGAGUGUUCGUUGUCCUAACCCGUCUCUACAGGUGGUUUACAUCUUCCUGGUGUCUUCUAAAGUCACACUACCCUAUUAGGCUGUUAAGUAAAUGCCCACCUCCUUGCUUCUGUAACAACUCACCCCUGGCCUGCUGUUCUAUAGCAUUUUCUCCAUAGAGGUUCACUACCUAAAUCAUCAGUGUUUGUUUGAGCUCCUGUAUUGACACUUGUUGCUGGAGUGUAUAAGCUUCUCUGUUGCAUUCCCAGUGAUGUCUCUGGCAUUGAGCUAUCAUGAUUCAUCUCUCUCUCUCUCUCUCUCUCUCUCUCUCUCUCUCUCUCUCUCUCUGACUAACAAACAGACAUUUUUCUAUAUUUUUAAGAGCCAUGAGUUUGGCCCAUGCAAGAUGACAAUGAAGCUAGAAUUUGAUUUUGUUUUUAAAUAUAAUCCAAGCUCAAGCCUCGUUUAAAAUUUGCUAUCAGAGUGUACUAAAUGUGUGACAGCGAUGAGCCUUCCCCAAAUCGAUGGCUGAGAGCUGGAACUCCAUCCUCCUGGAAGAGGCCUGCUGCACCUUAAUCUCAUUUCUGAAGUUUGCUGCCACCCUUGCCUGAUCCCCCUAUCCCUGACAAGCAUUCUCUAGUGCUAAAUCUGUGUGCUACACAGCCCUGGCAUGUUUUGCAGUGUGGAGAGUCUGGUUGUCCUGGAGUCUUGCACAGAUAAAGGAAGGAUACAGUUGGGAGAGGAAUGCACUGACUACAAAGUGCAUCCUGAAGGCCAUUUAGCUCACAAUGAAGGUCUGUGUUUUAAAAUAGCUCUAUAACAAAGUAACUACAGAGUGCUGGCAAGGGCUCCAACUAUUUAUAGAACUGAGUAAGGCGUGGUAAAUACCGCCACGGUACCCAGUUCUCCCUUGCCACAACCCCAAACUUAUAAGAAGCACUGUAAUUAUAUUUUUCUACUUGGGAAAAAAAAAAAUCAUAGUAGCCAUUAUCAGUUUAACCAUACGGAAGCUUGGGCUGAGAUUUCUUUUUUAAAUGCAUAGUUUUGAGUUUCAACAGCUGUGCUGGGUCUUUAAUCAUAUAUUAUCUUUAUGAAGCCUUUUUCUAACAUAUGUUAAUUGGCUGUUUUCUGUGACAAAUUAUGAGCUCUUACUUUGAUGAGGUUCAAUUGCAAUCAUGUUGGAGUCGAGUACGUCAAGUUUCCACCCCUGCUGGCUCCUCAAACCACUACAAACAUCCGCACGUCACUGCAGUGCUGAGUAAUGGCAGGAUUGGAGCUGGUUGAUUUUGCUACAGAUUUUUUUUCCACAGGAUAUUUUCAGCUUCUUUGUACUAAAUCUGUUGCAGGGUUUGCCCUUUUUAGCAGACACAUGCUCUAAAAUUAACAUCAAAUCUUAUUGGAGAUUACUAUAAUACAGUGAGGAAUAUUUCAUAAUACAACAUCCCAGCGUCUGCUUUGCUUUACUGAGAUUUCAGAACAUUUCUUCCACAUUUUAAGUCAGUCACUUGUAAAUCUGACUAGUACUUUCUACAUGAACAGCAUGUUGCAGCAGACAUUUUGAAUGUUCCUCUUUGAGGGAAGCGAGUUAUCUGAGAGGAUGAUGAGGUAGAAAGGCCAAUGUUAUAAAGACAUUGGAAGUAAGUGUUUCUCUAGGUGUUGACAAAUACGUUGGAAUGUUAGAAAUUUUGUUGUUCAUUAUAUUCUUUUUCCUCUUCAAUAUUACAUUAUCAGUCAGGUAAUGAAAACAAGACGUGUUCAUCGAGGUUAACAUCCUAGAAGAUGUAUAACAGCCUUUUCAGCUUUCUGUCCUACUGUCAAUGUUUAAUGUAUGAUUCAGAUGAACAGAAAUGUUCUACUCCAUCUGCUCUGAUAGCUGUGACAGAUAGCUUGUAUCAAAUACCAACAGAUGAUCAGUGAGAGCUAUAAUUAGAACAGAUACAAAAACGCAGUGUGUUUGUGUAUAAUCAUGGGAAAUUAGUCAAGGUAAUUGAUUAAGGUCUUCAGUGCCUGCGUCAAACAUCAGUAGUAUUGGGAUUCAUUUAAAUGUUUUCUGCCUCAACAUGUCAUGUAAGGGGCUCUAGAUAAACUGCAGUUCUUCAAACCAAAGCCAGAGGUCGAUUUCCAUAUAGGCAUCAGGAGUUUAGAUAAGAUGAGCCAGAUGUUAACAGAGCCAAAUGUGACUAGGCACUGCUCUCCUCGGGAGGCUGUUUUUAAUCAGCUAUUUCCCUGGGGUAAUACACAGCCAAUGAGCUCUAAUUCCUGAGGCUACCUGCUACUGCCUGGGAACGUCAGUACGAGGCUUACACUGAGCAUUUGUGAAAAAAAUUAGAGAAGAAAUUAAGGGUAGGGGAGGUUAACUUCAGAAGUGAUUGCUAUUGCUUAAAAAAAAAAAACAGUAAAAUUUGCUACUUUUAAAUGCUUUUAAAUGAUUAAAAAUAGAGUCAGUCCCAACUUGCAAAUACAGAUGCAAGUGAAAAGCUAUAAUUGGUUAAUAUUAGUUAGACUUGUAUAAAGAUGGAUAUUAUUUUGAGAAUGUGAAUGGAGAGCCAUCUUCAGCACAAGUAAGUAAUCUCAAAAUGUCUUUGUCAUUAGCGCUAUCACACCAAGGGAGGUUGGGUUUGCAAGCCCUGUGUGGUCCUGCAACAGUGGGACUGCAAAGUCAAUCCACACACUCCAUCUUGAGCCAACUUACACACAGAAAUUUAGUUCCACUUGAUAAGACACAUACUUAAUUGGCUUUAAGAAAAUAAACCAUGGUAAAGAACAAUGUGUAAAUGAAACAGAGCUUGGCUGUUAGGAAGCCCGUGAGCCAUGUGGCUUAAUUGGGGCCAGUUGGGAUCAUUUAAUGAUUGCUGUCAGAAGAUCAGAUUUAAUAGAAGACCACAGUGGGGUACAGUUAAACAAAUUGUCAUCGGGCACUUCAGAUGAGCCAGACCUUAAUUAAGUUGAUUAGAAUGCUGUAAAGGAGAUGAAGAGACAGAGAAAAAUUGAUGAAUCACUAAAUUCCACAUUGAGCGAUAUAUAAUAUUACCACAAAUAUCAUCUAUAUUUUACAGGACCUUUAUGGAAGUUUGAAAACCAUACAUAUUAGCCUGUAAACUUUAACAAUUGUCUAAGGUUUAAUUACAAAUUAAAAUUAGGUGACAUUCAGUUUAAAUACCAGAUGAUUUAACAAGUACUUAACAACAAGAACAUGCACUAAAAAAUAGUGUGACUUCCCUUUGUAAGGUCAUCUUUAAGUGCUGAACAAUUUGAGAAAGUAAGUAACAGGAAUAGCAAAUUAUUUUAAGGACAUAAUUUUGAUUAUUUAACGUAAGGGAAUAUGAUCUUCACUUAGAAUAUCUUGUUAACCACUCAUGUCUAUUAUUUACUGGUUAUUUACUGACGAGGUUACUCAGGUGUUUUAAAAUGCACUCACUGUUUUAUCUGCAUCUUCUAAAAGACAAACUUGUGUUCUUCCACAUGCUACACGGACACACACACACACACACACACACGAAUACCAAUAAAUCUGAAAAGUGUGCCUAACAUACAAGCUCACAAGAAGAAAACAUUUAUAGGGUAUUUCCAUCUUAAGCAUUAAAUAUACUAGGCUAAAGACUGAGAAAAAUAAUUUUUUAAAAGAACAUAAUACGCUUUGGAAUUUUAUUUUUACCCUAAUAAGACAAAACUGUACGUUAGCAAUGUGUGUCACUUCGAGCUGACCUUACUUGGGAAGCUGACAAUUCAGGCUUGCUGCUGGGAAAGCAUAGUGCUCCACUUGCUUUGUUCAGUAACAGCAGCAAACACUCCAACUGCAUGUGCUUAUCAGUGGUUACAGCUGGAACACAGAACCUCAUGUGUGAUGAUCCAUAGUAGCUCUCGCUUUGUGCUAAAUACAAACCAGCUUUACCUUCAUGGGAAACCUUACACUGCCCUAACUGGUCCCAGCAAACGUGUAGCGGCAAGGGCUGGGUGCGUUUAUAAGAACAAAGACGUGAUAGAAGCCUGCAUCAUCUAUAUAGCCUGAUAUAGAAAUCCUGAAAUCUGUCGUGCCGUUGAGGAGUAUGAGGCUUUUGACACAUUUAGACCAUUUGGAGUUUAUUUUGGCUUGGAGAAUGCAGGAUGCCGUUUUAACUACAGUGGGGGGAAAAUGUCCAAGGCAGACUAUGGCAUGGGUAACUGUGACAGGGAAUCUGUGAUUCCUUAUGUUUGUCAAAUUGUUUGUAAUGCUGUGCAGUUGUCUGGAGGUAUGUUGCUCCUAAAUUCUCGAGUUGUGUAAAUACAGUGAUUUAUUUAAAAGACAGUGGCAGGUUAAGCCCACUUAUUAAAUUAAUUGCAAGGGUUUUCAAAAUGAGCUCCAUUUUAGCCUUAUUAUAUUUCUGACAUACAUUUCAUCUCCUUUUGUCCUUGGGGAAAGAUACUAAAGUAGGACUAGAAACACUCACAUAGAGUUUCCAGCAGCUGUGGUCACUGGGAAAUUGAUGUAUUUCCCUAGUCAUUUCUUCUCUUGCAGCCUGAAGCUCUUCUCUAGCUGGUACUUAUGAGAAAGUCCUUAAUUUGUAUGACAUGUUCCUUCAUCUAAUGCUUAUUGUUAACAAUGUAAGUGAGGUCUCCAUGUUGUCUAUAUAGGGAUGACAUCGUUACUAACUUUACUCCAUAACGUAUACAUGAAAGCCAACAUACAAGUGUAGGCAAUCCACAUUCCUGGCACCACCAUACACGGUACCAUUCCUGUAGUAUCAUAUGUAAUGAGGCUAUAACCAUCUGUCUUUCAAAUGCAAACAUGUUUCCAGUUUCAGGUAGGAAACCAAAAGUCUAAGUGAGAGGUUUGAUCAUCAGGCUACAGUUACCUGAAGUACCCAUUUCUUAAUGCACAGACUCAUUCAGCUUUCACUUCUGUGUGGAUUAUUUUUAUUCUACCAACAAGAUACUGUAUACCAUGGUAAAGGAUUAACCUAGGUUACCAAGUUGUUUCUGUAUAAGCAAAAUGUGAGAAAAAAAAGUCCUUAGUACUAAUUAUUAAAAAUAGCUAAUAAAUACCUAAGAUGAGAUAUUCAAGCCUUGACAAAAAGUGUUCAGUUAACCAACUGGUAAUUAUUAGUCCCACUGUUUACCUGAUUGAUGCCAGGAUAGAUCCUGGCACUAGAGGCAUUUGAUUCCCCCCACCCCAUGGUGAGUGCUAUAAAGGAGAGGGACUUAGAGCUUUGAGAAUUGUCUAGGGGAAGUGCUUCUGAGACAGAAGGAAGAAGUUGAGCACACAGAAGGGAGAAAACAUUCCAGACAGAAGGAAUUGCAUAUGCAAAUGCCCUGUGGUAGGAAGAAGGACAAUGGAGUAAGAAUUUUUUAAGCAAUUCUAUUUGCUUUUUGCCUGUAUAACACUAGGGUACUGAGACUUGAAGGUUAUUCAGGAUCUAUCAUAUUGGUACUAAACUCAAUCAAUUGGGAAAUGCUCUUCACAGCGGUAUUUAUCUAGAGAAAGGGACUAGCCCUUUUAUGUUCUCAGGAUGAGCCUCAGCUAUGUGACUUAGAAGCCGAAUGCACUCUAUUCUGUAAAAAUAUAUGAUAAACUUAGAGAAAAAUGAAAAUGUGAUUUUUCAAGACCAGGAAACUAUUUCUCAUCACACAGGCAAGCACUGCUAAGAAUAAUAAUUGGGUUAUUUCAUUUGAAGCUCUUAAGGGAAAAUAGGUAUGUUCUGCUAGUUCUUUUUAACCAAAGCAUAAUUGCACGCCUCAUAUGUCUUUCAAACAAACCAUAAAGUAGAAAGUUUAAUGCAUCUAAAUGCAAGUAAUGAGCAAAGCUUUCCCUUGAAAGGUAGUGAAUAGCUGAAUCACUUGACUCGGUGACAAACACAGGCAUUCAGAGACAGGGCACAUAUCACUUUGGCCUUUGGCUGUACAUGGGACUUUCAUUUAUUUAAUAAUACUAUUUCUUGGGUGAUACAGUAUACCUAAUUUGCAGGCUUGAGUUUAACAAAACAAGGUUUUCUGAGGAUGCUCAUGAUGAUGCAAAUGUGAGCCAGAGGAAACAUUAUUUGCCAAUCCAGAUAAAAGAAAUAAUUCUCUCCUUGCAGAUUGGCAUUAUACAUUCUAAUGCUUAAACCUCUUUGGGCUGUUUUUAUUUAAGUGACUGUCCUGUGCUCAUUGAAACAAAAUACAUGCCUUACAAAGGUAAUUUUAGCAGCAGAGAAUUAAUUUCUUCCCACAUCUUUUAAUGUGGCAUGGGAGUCUCAAUCUACGAUCAAAACAUGUAACUGGAGGUUAUGUUUAAUUUCUAAAUCAAAGUGUUGUGGGAAGACGAUUGAAAUUUGUGGAGGACUCAGACCUCGUUGCUAUGUGGUUUUCUUCCAGAAACUUUAGGGUAGACUUCCAUUACCAUGUGAGAGGAGCCAAGCGUCGGUGACGAGAUGAAAAUAGUUUCACCAUCGACUGAAAGUUUUCAUUAGUUACUUUGAUUUAUAAUUGAAAUUUUAAGGAGCCCCAAGGGCCCCGAUAACAAGAAUUAUUUCCUCACUACUCGAUCUUUUCUUUGCAAUGUGAGAUGAAAUAUGUAAUCGAUGUAUAUGACUAACAAAUAUUUGUUUACUGCUGUCAUGAUUAAGUUCUCUCCCAGAAGUUAUAAUUCACUUGUUUUCUUUGUACAGAAAUCUUCAUUUGCUUCAGAAAGUAAAUUCAGUAUAUAUGGUGCCAUUUUCUGGAUAAUGUAAUUUUUGGUAAGGCAUGGUAGAUGAUGAGGGAGCGGUUUCUGCUGUUUCACCCAAGUCCAUUUCGGGUCUGUUUAAUUUCUCAUAUUUACACCUUAAGGUGAUCAUAACAAACCAUUAACCCAGAACCAGAAUGGCCUUUUCUCAGGUGUUUGGAAGACAGAAAUGAGAAAAUGUGUGCCUCCCAUCUGCCUUUUCCUCGCUGCCCUUUAUCUGAACCAGCACUCCAGGGCCUGUGUGUGGGGUGUGCUGCCGAGCACACUCAGCCUGCUCUACUCAGAGAAGGAAGUGGAGAGUUUUGGUUCCCAUUUUACACUUGUGGAGCAGUUUAGGGAAGGAAGCACCUUUACACCUUUUAUUGUUCGCGGUUGCUGACAUCAUAUCCUUCCCUGGCCAGUCUGUGCGUGUUUCCUGCCAUUCUGUCAAGAUUCUUCUGUUACUAGGAGGGAUUUGCUGAAGGGAAGGAGGGCCAGAAAGAGUGGGAGGAGGAAGGGAGGGGAGGUGUGUGUCAAUCAAACUCGCUUGUUUGUAAAUGAGGGAUCCCUCAGGAGAAUGGUCUUUAGCUGUCCCCAAGACAUUCUUCUCUGAGCAGGUCUCAGAACACUUUGCCUUCGUCUGUCUGUCGGCUUAUGCCAAACUCAAAGUGAACAGAAGCCUGCCAUACUGAAGUUCCCCUUUUAGUCAGCAGACUGACUUUAGUUUUUUAUUUAAGUUGGCAAAGGAAGAAAAAGUGCAGACGACUCUAACUCCGUACAGUGUUCUUUUUCUUCCCUUCGUGUUCAAAGUUUUGAUUGUUUACAUGUAGCUGUCAUUUUCCAAGAAUGGUUCCUUCAUGUGAGAACUGUAGUAUCCAGACGAAGCCUGUGGUUGAUUGUACAUAAUGAAAGUUCUCAGUCUGACUGAGCACUACUAUAUGUAGUUUAAUUACUAAUAAUCUUUUCUUUCACAUGCCUGCAAAACCACCGAAUAGGUUACUACAGUAAUAAUAAUCUCUUUCUCUAGCCCUCCUGAAAAUAAUACUUGAAACAAACCAUAGAGUAUAGUUUAUGUAUAAAAAUUAGGUUAAUAAAUAUUUAUACUAAAAAGCAGAAAUUAAGCAAAAGUUAUGCACCGGUGGUGACCUUCCUAAUUCUUUGCAUUUUUCCUGAUGGCCUUGAAAUGUGAGGACACCAUUGAUCUGUUGCUAUUCUAUUUGUGUGGACUUUAUACAAGUCUACAUUUUAUGAAUUUCAGGAGGCAACACUUCAGUUACUGAAUUGAGCAUUGUCCUUGUGCGGAAAACAAAAUAAAAGUCGAAUUAGGUUUAAAUUUCCAUCUCUCUCCACUACCUGGCCAUAUUUCAAAGCGGAGACUAUUUUCAAUGAUAUUUCCAGGGAUCAUUUCAUGUGUGUGUUCAUAUUUGCACAUACAUGCAUGCUAAUAUAUUUGCAUAUGUAGUUCUAAAUUUUUUUUCCUCAUUGUGUUUUAAGAAUUAAAAAAACAAACACUUUCCUUGGCUUCUUCUAAGCACAGUGUCUGGUUUCAAAGUUCAAAAAUGCCAGAUGGUGAUUGAAGGGGCUCCUUUGCUUUCAGAGGCCAGGAGCUCUUGUUCUCUAACGAUACUCUUCUUCAGGGGUGUCUCCCUACUUGCUUUGUUACAAGUAUUUUGAAUCAAGGUCUGUAGACAGUGACCUCCUCCCUGCUGAGCCACUAUGCUCUAAUCUGUUCACCCUGACCUUCCACCCAAAGUGAGUAAGCGCUUAGGCAGGCAUAGUCCGGUAAGCCGAUAGUGCCACAGGUCUCAGCUAAGAGAAAGGAAGGGAAGAUGCUCCCAUAUACUUUGACUUGAGAUUCAUGGAUUGUUUUUGUUUGUUUGUUUGUUUGUUUUUUGUGGUGGAGAAAGCCUUCUUGUCUCAUUGGGGUAUUACAAAUGCAUGGGAAAUACAAGUCUGGGCUGCUGCUUGCUUCUUGGCAGGAACGAAUGCAGGGAUUUGGGAACUGAGCUGUGCGCGUGCUGAAGAAGGAAACGUGUUUGAAGGAAACAGGAAAGAGAAAGAAAAGGAAGGAAAAAAUACAUAAUUUCAGGGACGAGAGAGAGAAGAAACACGGGGACUAUGGGGAGAAAAAAGAUUCAGAUUACGAGGAUAAUGGAUGAGCGUAACAGACAGGUGACUUUUACGAAGAGGAAAUUUGGAUUGAUGAAGAAGGCUUAUGAGCUGAGCGUGCUGUGCGACUGUGAGAUUGCACUGAUCAUCUUCAACAGCACCAACAAGCUGUUCCAGUACGCCAGCACUGACAUGGAUAAGGUGUUGCUCAAGUACACCGAGUACAACGAGCCGCACGAGAGCCGGACAAACUCAGACAUUGUGGAGACAUUGAGAAAGAAGGGCCUCAAUGGCUGUGACAGCCCAGAUCCCGAUGCAGACGAUUCAGUAGGUCACAGCCCUGAGUCUGAGGACAAGUACAGGAAAAUUAACGAAGAUAUUGAUCUAAUGAUCAGCAGGCAAAGAUUGUGUGCUGUUCCACCUCCCAGCUUUGAGAUGCCAGUUACCAUCCCAGUGUCCAGCCAUAACAGUUUGGUGUACAGCAAUCCUGUCAGCACACUGGGAAACCCCAAUCUUCUGCCACUGGCCCACCCGUCUCUGCAGAGGAAUAGUAUGUCUCCUGGUGUAACACAUAGACCUCCAAGUGCAGGUAACACAGGCGGUCUGAUGGGCGGAGAUCUGACAUCCGGUGCAGGCACCAGCGCAGGGAAUGGAUACGGCAACCCCCGGAACUCACCAGGCCUGCUGGUCUCACCUGGUAACCUGAACAAGAAUAUACAAGCCAAAUCUCCUCCCCCUAUGAAUCUAGGAAUGAAUAAUCGUAAGCCAGAUCUCCGCGUUCUUAUCCCACCUGGCAGCAAGAACACGAUGCCAUCAGUGUCUGAGGAUGUGGAUCUGCUGUUGAAUCAAAGGAUAAAUAACUCCCAGUCGGCUCAGUCAUUGGCUACCCCGGUGGUUUCCGUAGCAACUCCUACUUUACCAGGACAAGGAAUGGGAGGAUAUCCAUCAGCCAUUUCAACAACAUAUGGUACUGAGUACUCUCUGAGUAGCGCAGAUCUGUCAUCUCUGUCUGGCUUCAACACUGCCAGUGCGCUCCACCUCGGCUCUGUAACUGGCUGGCAGCAGCAGCACCUACAUAACAUGCCGCCAUCUGCCCUCAGUCAGUUGGGAGCUUGCACUAGCACUCAUUUAUCUCAGAGUUCAAAUCUCUCCCUGCCUUCUACUCAAAGCCUCAGCAUCAAGUCAGAACCUGUUUCUCCUCCUAGAGACCGUACCACCACCCCUUCGAGAUACCCACAACACACCACGCGCCACGAGGCGGGGAGGUCUCCUGUUGACAGCUUGAGCAGCUGUAGCAGUUCCUACGAUGGGAGCGACCGAGAGGAUCACCGGAACGAAUUCCACUCCCCCAUUGGACUCACCAGACCUUCGCCGGACGAAAGGGAAAGUCCUUCAGUCAAGCGCAUGCGACUCUCUGAAGGAUGGGCAACAUGAUCACAUUAUUACUUAAUAGUUUUUUUUUUUCUUGCAGUGUGUGUGUGUGCUAUACCUUAAUGGGGAAGGGGGGGUCGAUAUGCAUUAUAUGUGCCGUGUGUGGAAAAAAAAAAAAAAGUCAGGUACUCUGUUUUGUAAAAGUACUUUUAAAUUGCCUCAGUGAUACAGUAUAAAGAUAAACAGAAAUGCUGAGAUACGCUUAGCACUUGAGUUGUACAACAGAACACUUGUACAAAAUAGAUUUUAAGGCUAACUUCUUUUCACUGUUGUGACCCUUUGCAAAAUGUAUGUUACAAUAGAUAGUGUCAUGUUGCAGGUUCAACGUUAUUUACAUGUAAAUAGACAAAAGGAAACAUUUGCCAAAAGCGGCAGAUCUUUACUGAAAGAGAGAGCAGCUGUUAUGCAACAUAUAGAAAAAUGUAUAGAGGUUUGGACAGACCCGGCAAGUGGUGACUACCGGUAAUUGUAGGAACACGCCUGUCACCUAACAUCCAAGCACGCUCACAAACCUGCAGGCAUAUCAUUGGCGUAUGGCACUCAUUCAAAAGGAUCAGAAACCAUUCAGAGAGGACCAUACCUACCUUAAAAGAAAAGAGAAGAAAGGAAAGGAAAGGAAAGGGAAAAAAAAGUGUGGCGUUUGAGAGCUAACAUAUUUAAUUAAAUAAAUAAAUCUGGGUCUGCAUCUCUUAUUAAAUAAAAAUAUAAAAAUAUGUACAUUACAUUUUGCUUAUUUUCAUAUAAAAGGUAAGAAAGAGUUUGCAAAGCAUUUGUGGCUUUUUGUAGUUUACUUAAGCCAAAAUGUGUUUUUCCCUCAAUAGCUUCGCUAAUAUUUUAAACAGUCCUGUAAAAACCCACCAAGGACUUUUUGUAUAGAAAGCACUACCCUAAGCCAUGAGGAUCUCCAUGCUUUGCUAACCAAGAUAACUGUUUUCUCUUUGUAGAAGUUUUGUUUUUGAAAUGUGUAUUUCUAAUUAUAUAAAAUAUUAAGAAUCUUUUAAAAAUCUGUGAAAUUAACAUGCUUGUGUAUAGCUUUCUAAUAUAUAUAAUAUUAUGGUAAUGGCAGAAGUUUUGUUUUCUUAAUAGCGGGAGGGGGGUAUAUUUGUGCAGUUGCACAUUUGAGUAACUAUUUUCUUUCUGAUUUCUUUUACUCUGCAUACAUUUUAUAAGUUCAAGGUCAGCUGUCAAAAGGAUAAGCUGUGGGGUUAGAACAUAUUACAUUGCAACAUCCUAAAUUGUUUUUAAAACGUCAGCAAACUAUUGGGUCAACUGACAUCCAUUGUAUAUACUAAUUGGUUUCUUUCAAACUAUUUUUUUUUUUGGUUUGGUUUUGAAUUGUUGGUUUCUUUUCAUUUUAUCAAAAGCAGGGCCCCUUUCAGAUCUCUCUUCAUUUCACCAUACAUCUUGGAAUUCUGUAAGUUUGUAUCCUAACUUGCCCAUAUUCUAAAUUUACAUAGUUUAUUUUCAGCCUUGAGUUGGAUGUUUUUUAGAAAUAUGCCCAGAGUAAGAAGCUGUGUUGGAGCCUAAGUCCUGCAAGCUGGGUCCUGGGGGCGACCGACCUGCUUUACUUGAUGGAUAAGUUACAGAGUUCUGGAGGAGAACAAGGUGAAAGCCUGGGUGCUGGAGAGGAAGGAAACAGUUAAAGGGUAGUUACUUGGUAUCCACCUUCAUGAUUUUAACUGACCCAUAACAAUGUUGUCAGCAGUAUAGGACUGUUGAACAGCCUGGUGUGUCAGGACCCCCAAAUGUCACUUCUGCCUAAAGCAUGUAUGUCACCUAUUUUUUUCUUCAAUAAAGAAAUUUAACAGCCAUUUCAAGAAAUCCCACUUUAAAAAAAAAAAAAAACAAACCUUUCUCUAUGUCCCCCCCCCUUUUUUUUAAUUUUCAAGAUAAUUUAACUCUUGUCUAAUAUUCUUGUGUAAGGGAUUAAUUUUCAGACCCCUUUAAAAGUGAGUGCCAUAAAGAGUCAAUAUAUAGUGUUGAAGUGGUAUUUCAGGCUAGGAAUUAUUCCCUUCUCUUGGAAUGUGAAGAUCUGUCGAUUCAUCCUGUCAUUAAUCCUGACAUACAGAACAAAGAAUGCAGUAACAUUAGCCCUGCCAGGUCACGUGUAGGACGUGCUUAUCCAGUUUUUUCCCCCUUUACCUGCAUAGUUGCUACAUACAUGUUUCUCACUGUAAAAGGCUGCCGCUGGGUGGCAGAAGCCAAAAGACCUUAUUAACGAGGCUAUAUUUUUCUUAACUUGAUCUGCAAUCCAGAAUUAGACCACAAUGCACCUUUGGUGGUAUCCAUAUAGGAUGCUAGCCUGCCUUGUAGUAAUGUUUUAUAUGUUAAAAACAAAAUAAAGACAUCAACCAUUUCACAUAUAUUCUACUACUAAAGGUAUCAAUGGAACAUGAAGACGAGUAUUUAGGCAGAAGCAAAACAGGAAACCAUCCUUACAAACAUGCUUACCUGCACAUCUGUUUGCAUGGUCAUGUGUACAUUCAAACAUGCACAUAAAGUGAACAAGAAAGUCAGCCAUUAUUUCACGCCAGACUUGAUUCCAUCCUGAGAAUUCAUGUUUAUAAUUAAAUGUGUGUUAAAUAUGCAAGCAUAUCACAAAUGUUCCUUGUCCUUUCAAAGUGCAUUUGUUCAUCAAGAUCAAUAGAAUCUUACCAGUGGGUAGGAAAGGAUCAUAUAAAAUAUGAAGAAAUAGCCAUAUUAAAUUUUUUGCUGUCAUUUGCCUCCGCAACAAAGCGAGUGUAAGUGUCUAAUGCUGAAGCUAGAGUGAACUCAUGUGCCAGCAGAGGCCUCCUCUCUUUAUAGCAAUUCUGACAAUAGGUUUGUUUGUUUGUUUGUUUGUUUUUACAAACUCAAGAAAAACAGACUCACUUGAAAAAAUGGAUGCCAGUCACCUGGUUCCCACUACUGUCGUAGCAGAUAGCGAAGGGACAAUCUGAGACUUGUAGAGAUGAUUUAAUGAGAAGCACAAUUUUUAUUGUGACCAGUCACGUUCUAUCACCAGGCACUGUCUUGUCUUUGCCCUUGCCUUUUCUGUAACUCACCAUUUAUUGUAUUUACAAAUCUAGUAAGGGUUUUGAUCACACCAAGUUCUUUGUAUUGAGAAGUCUAGGGCAGAGCUCUGGGGGAUUGUUAUUUUACAUUACCUGGCCUAGAGUAGCAUAUUAGACAACAGUCAUCAUUGCAAGUAGGAGGACCGUAAAUGGCAUUUUACAUGACUGCAAGUAUUGUUAUACCGAAUCCUAUUUUAAAAGAGUUUUAGUAACGGUGAGCUGAGAAAUUCUGGUCAUGGUGAGCAGCAGGCGCAAGCCAUGCAGCCUGUGGACUGUGCGCAUUGAUAUGUGGAGGCUGUUGAUUUCAACCUUUUUUAAACUUGUGUUUUUUAGUAAAAUUGCUUAUUUUUUUCCCAAAGGUGGAAUUUAAUGUUUUGUAGUGAUGAAUAUGAAAAUGCCUGUCAUCUUUAGAUCAUUGAAAGGUUAACUAACAUGAGAAUUUCAGAGCAAAUUCCAAUACUCUUUUAAAAAGCGUGUCUGCCCUCUCUUACUUCUAUGUAUUUGUUUAUCGACACACUCACCCUUUCUGAGAUAGCAUUUUGCUCCCUUGAUCCCCCCCUUUUUUUGUCCCUUCGAAGAGUAAAUGCUUUGUAUUUCUUUCUUUAAAAAAUUUACUUUAAAGAAGAAGCCACUUGAACCUUCAAUAAAGGCUGUUGCCUAAACAUGGCGUACUUCAUCUGUUCCCGCCUCUGCCAUCUGCUACGGUGUCGUCAGUUGUAUGGCAUUAAUUUCCUGCCACUAGAGAUAUUUUGAAGAUUGCUUGAAUGCUGGUGUCUGUUAGAAUGCUUCUGACUACAGAUGUAAUUAAAGGCUUUUCUUACUAUGUUUUAACCAAAGAUGUGGAGCAAUCCAAGCCGCAUAUCUACUGCAUUAAAUUUGUCCAUUUGGUUAUUCAUAAUCGGGUAUUGCAUUUUGCCUUCCCUGUCCAUACCUCAAAUUGAUUGAUACCUCAGUUUAAUUCAGAGAGGUUCGCUAAGUGUUGGAUUCUAGUUGUGGUUUGAAUGCAGCAGUGUACUCUUGAAGUAAGCAGGCAAGGGUCACUGCAGGCAUGAAGCUUGGAUUGCUUCAGAUGGUUUGCCGUAUCGUUUUUCUUCCUUUUCCUUUUCUGGGGACUUGUUUCCAUUCAAUGACAAUUAAAAUAGCUUGUAAAUGAGGGCAUACAAGCAUUUGCAACAAGUAUUCAAAUAGAGGCUCACAGCGGCAUAAGCUGGACUUUGUCGCCACUAGAUGACAAGAUGGUAUACCUAAGCUAACCACACGUGUGUAUCUCAAGGGACUUAAAUUCAGCUGUCUGUAGUGAAUUCAAGUGGGAAAUUUUCAAAAGUUUCUCCUGCUGGAAAUAAGGUAUAAUUUGUAUUUUGCAGACAAUUCAGUAAAGUUACUGGCUUUCUUAGUGA